GCCCAGCCCUAGCAGCCAGCAGCCGGCCGGCACCUCCUUGGAGUCCCUCUUGCCGGGCCACGUGACCAGGCUCCUUGGCGUGAGAGCCGCGCUCUGACCGCCCGCCGUCACGCUCGGCCUCCCAUUCGCCCGGCGCCUCAGGAAGGAGAGGAGACAGGAGGAAGAUACAAAGUUUCCAGCGGGGAGAAAGACAGACUUUCCCGAGCCUCGGAGUCUUCUCCCGGCGGUAGGCUGAGGACUUGGCGGCCUCUCCCAAAAGAAGGGGGGGGGGGGCAGAAGUAGGGUGGGGUCCCCCUGAAAGUUUAGGGUGACUUGAAAGUUUGAGCUAAGCCAGGGCAGGGGGGAGGCAGGACCGCAACAACAAACACCCCCCCCCCAAACCAUAGAAUGGUAGCGUCGGAAGCACUGCCGAAUUUACGUACAGUAUUAAGCUAAACAUAACAUAUUUAGCCGACCUGAGCCUGGUCUGGGCUGGGGAGGGCGGGGUAUAAAUAAAAAUGUAUUAUUAUUAUUAUUAAACAAGCUAGAGCUUAGGGCCCCCCCCAAAAAAAAUUAAAGGGGAGAAAAAACCCCUGGAUGUACAUUUCUAGUAUAUAAGAAACAAAUAGAAUAGAUAGAUAAACUUUAUUCGCAUUAGCCAACGGCCAUGGCAACAUACAACAAGCAAUAUAUACAAAUAAACAGACAGCAAUUGGUAAAAAGGGCAAAUCAAAUGACCAAGGUUAUCGUUCAGAUAGUGGCCCUUAAUCUCAUGGCACCCUCGAUAAGAACAAAUAGAAUAAAACCUACGUACAGGAGCGCCCUCCCCCCAAAAAAAUUAAAGGUAAAAAAACUGGAUAUACAUUUCCAAAAUAUAAGAUAAAAAACAAAAUAAAACCCACAUACAGCAACAGUGUUUUGUGUUUUGUGUUGGCUCCUAUGAUGUAAGUAAUGGGCCCGCAAUCAUUUAUGUUAGAGCUUAAUUAUUUCACUGUUAAUAUACGCAAUUGUGCUUCAAUUCGACAAUGACUUUGAUAAAAUACAUAUUUUGUUAUGUUCAAAUGGCUUUAGAUACCUUUUAGGUCCAUAAAUUGCCAUAUAGCAUAUAUUCAACACACACACACACACACACACACACACACAAAACCAGUGACAAUUUGUUGCUGACAGAGGACAGCUGGACAUAUAAAGGGCCCCGUUAACCUUCAGUAGCUUAGGGCCUCAUCAAACCAAAAUCCGGCCCUGAAUGGUAGCGUCGGAAGGGACCCCCAGGAGUAAUCUAGUCUAACCCUCCCCAGGAAAGUUAAAAGACUCCCCAAGGGAGGGCCAGCCAACCUCCUGGUUUAAAAAAAUCUCCAGUGAGGUGCCGAAAUCCCAAUAGAGCAGAAAAAAAGACUAUUUAUUUAUGCGACCACAGCUGCUCGGAUGCUAUUGGCCCAGAGAUGGAAAGAAGUCCCUACCAGAGAAGAAUGGCAGGUUUAAGUUGAUGGAUUAUGGCGAAAUGGCAAAAACAACCGGAAGAAUCGGAAAUUUUAAGAAGGAAUGGGGGAAAUUGAUAAUUUAUCUUAAAAACCAUUCUAAACAGUUAAAAUCGUUAGUUGGGUUGGACUAACACAUGUAGUUUAUCGUUGAAUUUUGGAUAUAAUAGAGGCAUAAAAGAUUUGGAUUAUUAUAAAAGAUGCAGGAGGAAAUGGUCAGCAAUAAGACCCACAAAGGGGAGGCAGGAAGUCCAGGGCAUUUUUGGAAUCUUGUUUUUAUGCUGUUUCUCGGAUAUGUGAUUGUAAAACAUGAAUAUGAAAAAUGAAAUAAAUAUUCUUUUUAAAGGGGGGGGGGGGAAUCUCCAGUGAAAGAGACAGCCCUGGCAAAUUGGCUGUUCCGGCUGAGGCUGGUGGGUGGGAGUUGGGAGGGCAGCAGCAACUGGGAGGGCCACAGGCUUCCCACCCCCAUCCCAAGCUCCUCAGUUUCAUAAAAGAAAGAGUGGACUCGGUGUUCUGCUUCUCUACCCUCUUGUCCUCAGGCUCUUGGCAAAUUUAGAUAUAUAUUUUUUAUAAUGCAAAAAAAUUGCCGAGACUUUUUGGAAGUGGAAGCUGGAGUGAAAUAUUGUAGCAGUGGAGUGGUGGUUUCAGCCAGCCAGCCCCUUCCAGGGUACUCCAUUCCAUUCCUCCCCAUGUCCCCCCCCCCUUUGGGAAAACAGAUAUUCUGCAUCCACUGGGCAUGUUCUUUCAGCAGCUUUGGGUGGUUCCCUUUUGAGUUUUCUUCUCAUUCCUUUUUAGGGGUGGAAUUCCCUGCAAAAUUUAGUCUCCUCCCUCCAUAAAUUCUGUGGUGCAUCCCUUUUGUGCAGGAGUGGCAGUGUUCGCUUGGAGAAUUGAGUUUGCUAGUACUGUAGCGUGUAGCUAGGUGUGCCUCGUGUAUUGCAAAGACUCCUGGGAGUUGAGUGGGGAGAUGCUUGUUUUUUUUUUAAAGUGGCUGCAGCUGCAGUCCUGUACUCACUUAGGGCAGAUUCACGCCAUACAUUUAAAGCACAUCACUUCCCUCAAAGAACCAUGGGAACUGUAGUUCCCUCAUGGAACUACAAUUCCCGAAUUAUUAGCUAAGGAUAAUUAAAAGUAAUAGAAAAUUAAGAAAUGCAGAAGUAUGAUAAAGAACAGAAAAUCAUCAGAGGUGUCGACGGAAGUCAAAAUAUUGCAUAAGAUGUGAAGAUAUGUUGUAUGACUGUUGGAACUGAUAUGUUAAAAAAUCAAUAAAAAUGUAUUAUUAUUUUUUUUAAAAAGGAACUACAAUUCCCAGUACGCUUAGCAAACCACUUUUCCCAGGAUUCCUUAGUUGAAGUCAUGUGCUUUAAAUGUGCAUUGAAUGUGCUCUAAAUGCGUGAUGUGCUUAUGUCCUUAGUUGGGAGUAAGUUUUGAAGCAUUCAGCAUGACAUCUGAGUACAUAUGCAUAAGUGGGUGGGAUUUUUUAAAGAAAAGAUGUGUUUCUUUCUCCUCUUGGUUUUAAUGUAUUCUGUCAGGGUUUUGUCUGUCUGUCUGGUUUGUUUUAAGUCACUUUUCAAGGUAAAGCAACUAACAAAUUUAAGAAAUAAAAAUAAAAAAUGCAGUCUGGGCCAAAUAAUAAAUUAUGAUCAUACACGUAUAAGCCACUUACAACACAUAACAGGUGUUUACUGCAUGAGCAGUAAACAGCAAUAGAUAACAAUAGACUGCAAUAACAAUUCUAUUAAUAGAGUUGAUAAAUGUUCAUGAACAUUAAAUCAGCAAAUUAACAAUUCAUGAAUGCUCCAUUGAAUAAGUGUUAUUGUUUGGCUCCUUAAGUCAAGGUUGCGGUUGCCAAAAUGGAAUGUCUAGUUGCCAUUUUGGGGCAAGACUGCUCUAAAGGCUUAUUUUUCAAAUGAUGGACUGACUGUGAUUGAUUCUCAGUGAAACAUCUGGCUAGUUCAGAUGACAACCUUGAGCUAGGUUAAGAGCUUUGAGAACUUAAAUAAGAAAAGUCACUUGAAUCCAGAGACAGUCCACAUUUAUAUUGGCCCAUUCCACAGGGCGGGAAAAGCAAUUCGGUUCUAGAAAUUCAUUCCAAUUGUUCAGAUAAAAUAUAACUGAUAGAAUUCUACAGGAAGCGGUAUUAGUGUGUGAAAACAGAUCCAAUGUUCUCCCCAGAGAGUGGAGAUGCCAGAUGCCAUUAUGUGGUCACAGGUGGUCGAAAGGCAGGUGCAAAAUGUGCCUGGCGCCUGGCUAAUUUCGAACACUGGAUAGAGUGGGGCAUUCAGGAAAGAAUAUAUAGAUGAAAGAACUCUUCAUAUGUUCCUAUGUAUUCCUCCUUUUCUCCCAUUCAGGUGUGAUGCCUCCUAAAAGGCAUGGAAAAAGCAACCUCCCCACUCCUCUUCAAGAAGGGGUAAUACUGAAAGACACUGAAAAAAGAGAGUGGAGACUAGGUCGUAUGAUUGGCCAGGGAGGAUUUGGCCUAAUCUACCUAGGUAAAGUAUAGAUCAUCACCUGAGUCAUUGCAAUGUGCUGCCUUUGCUGUUGGUGAUUUCUGUGUGCUUGUGUUCCAUCCUUAUAACUGUUAGUUCUUCAAUCUCUGUGUUGGUUUCAUCUCUUAACCAGUUCAAUCUUCGUGUUGCUUUCAAACACAACUUUAUAACCAUAAGGCACAGUUCGGGGUACUUGAGAAUUUUGCUCCUAAAUCUGGUACCCUCCAGACAUUUUGGAUGACAGCUUACCGUAUUUUUCGCUCUAUAAGACGCACCAGACCACAAGACGCACCUAGUUUUUGGAGGAGGAAAACAAGGGAAAAAAAAUUCUGAAUCUCAGAAGCCAGAACAGCAAGAGGGAUCGCUGCGCAAUGAAAGCAGCAAUCCCUCUUGCUGUUCUGGCUUCUGGGAUAGCUGCGCAGCCUGCAUUCGCUCCAUAAGACGCACACACAUUUCCCCUUUUUAGGAGGGAAAAAGUGAGUCUUAUAGAGCAAAAAAUACGGUACGUUAUCUCUGAGCACUGACUGUGCCUGAUGGAAGCUGUAGUCCAAUGAAUAUGGAGGACACCAGGCUGAGGAUGGCUAUCCUAGAUUACCCUAUUCCCGUCUCUAAAUUAUUGCCAUGCAAUUUUUAACCCAGCACAGAUGCUGGUAAUAUGUAAUUUCUGGGUUCUCAUGACUUUGUUGUUGUUGUUGUUUAGUCGUUUAGUCGUGUCCGACUCUUCGUGACCCCAUGGACCAGAGCAUGCCAGGCACUCCUGUCUUCCACUGCCUCCCGCAGUUUGGUCAAACUCAUGCUGGUAGCUUCAAGAACACUGUCCAACCAACUCAUCCUCUGUCGUCCCCUUCUCCUUGUGCCCUCAAUCUUUCCCAGCAUCAGGGUCUUUUCCAGGGAGUCUUCUCUUCUCAUGAGGUGGCCAAAGUAUUGGAGCCUCAGCUUCAGGAUCUGUCCUUCCAGUGAGCACUCAGGGCUGAUUUCCUUAAGAAUGGAUAGGUUUGAUUUUCUUGCAGUCCAUGGGACUCUCAAGAGCCUCCUCCAGACCAUAAUUCAAAAGCAUCAAUUCUUCAGCGAUCAGCCUUCUUUAUAGCCCAGCUCUCACUUCCAUACAACCCUAAAUAGCAACACUGAUGAUAUUCCUGAUUCCUACAGCUUCAGAAACCACUGUUUGACUUUCAGAGCUGACGUUAACCUUUAGGAGCAAGAGAGAAUUUUUCUGGAUGUCCCUCUUGGCACUGGAAGCUUAACUGGGCUAUGCAUGGUGUCUUCAGACACAUCUCAGCUCCUGACCAUCUGCUGUCCUGUCCCCGUGCCCAUUCAGAAGGUGCCAUGCCAGUUUCAACAGGGUCUAGAUGCCAAUUCCACAACACAGCCAGUGCCACAGUGCCAAUUUAAGGGAAACAUAUCUUUGCGGAUUGUCCGUAAUCCACCUAACAGCAAAUAUUUCUGCAUGUUCCUCUUUCUAACCCAUUGGCUUGCAUCCGUGCUGUUGGUUAACUGAAAAAGGAACAAGGAGCCUAAGAGACAGUGGCCAAAUGAAAUCGCUUCCACCAUGCGGGAUAACGUCGGGAGUAGAAAAGGCUAAGGAGUAAACACUGGAAUGAAAUCCCUAAGGAGGUUUAUGGCGCCUUGUACAUCUCCUUACAGCAACUCCUGCAGCCAAGCUGGUCCCUAAUGUAUUGCUCUGCUUUCCUUUGUAUCACAUCAGCAAGGCCAGGAGGGGUCAUCUGGGCAGCCCAGUGCUUCCAUACACACUGCCCAGGCUGGGGAGGUCACUACUGUGCUCCUAAUUCAGCGGUUUGACUUCACCCCCGGAGGCACACUCCAUUGUCUCUCAAGACCAACAGAUGCCAAUAACAAUAGAUUGAAUUUCACUUCAACAUUGGCAUCUGUCUGGAUGCGUCCAAAUAGUCAUGUCACGCUGAAAGACUGACUGUUUUGUGGGGAUGAGAGAUUUUGCAGCCAGGAUCUGACUUGAUUACAAGCACGAAGGAGACAGUGAAGAAGAUGGGUGCGCAGAAACAUAGACCUAUGAGAGAAGACGUUACUAGACAAUUACAGCCUUGAUAUCAGAUAGCUCUGUCUGUAUAGAUCUUGUCUCAAAAGUAACAUAAUAUUUCCCCUGAGCUCUGCAGGCCUCAAGCUUAAGUAAAACACUUAUCCACAGACUGAGCUUCAGUUAAUGUCUUUCGUGCAUGUUAAGACUUUCACAAUGUUGUUGUUUUUCUAAAAGGUCUACUGGACCAUAUUUAAGUUGAGUUUGGAAACAUUGCCAUUUUUUUAAACUUUCUGGUGCUGAAAUAUGCCUUCCUAGCAUGGUUAUUGUGAUGUUAGUGCAGUGUUUCUCAAACUUUGGGUCCCCAGCUGUUGUGGCACUGCAACUCCCAUCAUUCUUGACCACUGGACCUGCUAGCUAGGGAUGAUGGGAGUUGUAGUCCAGCAACAGCUGGGGACCUAAGUUUGAGAAACACUCCAGUAUGUACCGUAUUUUUCGCCCUAUAGGACGCACUUUUUCCCCUCCAAAAAUGAAGGGGAAAUGUGUGUGCAUCCUAUGGGGCGAAUGCAGGCUUUCGCUGAAGCCUGGAGAGCGAGAGGGGUCGGUGCGCACCGACCCCUCUCACUCUCCAAGCUUCAGGAAGCUAUCCCCCCAGCCCCGCAAGCUCCCAGAGCGAUGCCAAAGCUGCGUGCAGCUUCGGCAUCGCUCUGGCUCCCGUUCUGGGGGCUGGGGUCAGGGGAAGCUCGGGCUUCCCCCACCCCAGCCCCGCACCUGGGGGGAAAAUAUUUUUUUCCCCUUUAUCCCCCCCCCCCAAUCUAGGUGCGUCCUAUGGGCCGGUGCGUCCUAUAGGGCGAAAAAUACGGUAAACCUAGCAGAAGAAUAAUUUCUGAGGAACACUGGUUAAAAAACCCCACCCUUCUUUCCCUGUGUAUGUGCUCGUACACAAAUACACUUUCUUGAGGCCAUCAGUGUUUGCAAAAUGAGCAUCUGUUGCCAAAACCUCCAGCAGCAGCAGUGAGAUCAGCUGUGGACAGGAGUUGGGGAAUUCUAUUUAAUUGCCAAUAGGCAUAGCUUUUUUUGCUCUCCCCCAGUGUGCAAACUUUGCCUGCAAAACCGGCUCCCUAAGAUCUAUGGCAGACACUUUUCUCCAUUAUAUUCCAAGAGAUGAUUGCCACGAAAAUGAACUGCUGUAAGUGAAAGCUGGCAGGCUCCAGCUGGCAGACCAAACCAGCAAGUUAACUUUGUCGGACUUCUGGGUGCUGUGGUGCCAGGCUGUCAGUGAGCGGGGAGGCGGAGAAUGGCAAUUUCCUCCAGAAAUGUGCUCCAAUGUUGCUGCUUGCUUAUUAAAACUAAUAAAAGCUGUGGGGGAGCGCCAUAGCUCAGUGGCAAAGAACAUGCUCUGCAUGUAGAACAUCCUGGGCUCAGUCUCUCUAGAUAGGAGAGCUGAGGGAGACCAGCAGGAAUAGGCAGUUCAGGUUUAGGUGGGUCAAAUAGCUGGUGCAUAUGGGUUUCGUUUGUGGAAAGGCUGUAGCUCACUAGUAAAACAUCAGCUUUGCAUGCAGAAGGUCACAGGUUCAAUCCCUAGGAUCUCCAAGAAGUUCAGUUAUAUGUUCGAUUUCAUGUAGAGUUGUUAAAGGGUUUUCAUUCAUGUGAAGGAAAAAAAUCCUAGUGGUUAACAUACUGUGCAAAGGACCUGUGUUUGUACACACAUGACCUCUGGCCUUGAAGUUGUUCUCCAGAGUUUGUCGGAUGGGGUGACCAGCUUCUUAAGCCAUGUCGAAGGGAGGGAGGCAGCUUACACUGUAGCACCCAGCUGCUUGCAAGCUGGUUAAUCACAUUUCUAUAGUAGAAUAGGGAUGCGGAUGGUGCUGUGGUCUAAACCACAGAGCCUAGGACUUGCCGAUCAGAAGGUCAGCGGUUCGAAACCCCGCGACGGGGUAAGCUCCCGUUGCUCAGUCCCUGCUCCUGCCAACCUAGCAGUUCGAAAGCAUGUCAAGUGCAAGUAGAUAAAUAGGUACCGCUCCGGCGGGAAGGUAAACGGCAUUUCCAUGCGCUGCUCUGGUUUACCAGAAGCGGCUUAGUCAUGCUGGCCACAUGACCUGUACGCCGGCUCCCUCGGCCAGUAAAGCAAGAUGAGCGCCGCAACCCCAGAGUCGUCCGCAACUGGACCUAACGGUCAGGGGUCCCUUUACCUUUUUAUAGUAGAAUCAGAUUCUACUUCCGUUACACCACCUCUCACGAGCUUGUUCUUCAGAGAAGUUUUGCACUGCAACUCCCAUUAACCCCAGUCAGCAUGUUCCACCUAGGACUGAUAGGACCUGUAGUGCAGAACAUCUGGAGACCACUGGUUGCUGGUGCUGCCUUGCACUUUUUUUUUAAAAAAAAGAGGUGUUCCAAGCUUCUUCCAAAGCCUAAAACUUGGGAAAACACACGGUGUGCAUUCUAGCGGGAUACAAGUUGUUGGUGUAGCUAGAGGUGGAAGGAAACUGGAGUUGUGGGGGGCGAAUCAAGGAGUGGUGGUAAGGCAGUCAAGGUGGACUCACGUUAGGGAAUCUUUGGCCAUCUUCCUAACCUGCGGCAUUCAUACAUCAUGCUUUUCAUUUGAGUGUUCAUUUUAUCCGUGGAGGCACAGGUAAUCUCAGCGGCUGGAAGCGCCUCUUAGCAUCUGUGCCUGGUACGACAGCUUUGACCGUUUCUGGACCACAGCAGUUCAGGCAUUGGCGGCUUUUAAGAUUGGAUCGCCGCAGUGCACUCUUGUUGUGUGAGGCUUCCUUUGCACUUGACCUGGAAACUGCAUUUAGAUCCUGCCAGCAUGUAGCGUUUCUGCCCGGCAUAGCUGUCAACUUCCCCCUUCUUAAAAGGGAAAUUCCCUUAUUCCAAAUAGGAUUCCUCGCAAGAAAAGGGAAAAGUUGACAGCUAUGUUGCCCAGGGGUGUCCGCUCGUUUCUGAUUUGUUACCAGGUCAAGCUCGUUGCGUUACUAUUAGAAGAGAAAGCCCUUGACAGCUUAGGACCAGUUUACCUGUCAGAUUGCCUUUCCUGCAUAUGCGCCCACUCAGGCAUAUAAUAUAUAUAUUAUAGAAUCAUAGAGGUGGAAGGGACCCCAAGGGUCAUCUAGUCCAACCCCCUGCAAUGUAUGAAUAUCAGCUAAAGCAUCCAUGACAGAUGGCCAUCUAACUUCUGCUUUAAAAGGUUAUAUAGAUAUAUAAAUAUUCUGAACAAUUGAAACAAAAAGAAGCAGAUAUCCCUGCUAUAAUAUAAUAUGAUAUAAUAUAAUAUAAUAUAAUAUAAACAAUUAUGAUGUGAUAUGAUUUAGGCCUUUAACAUUAAGUGAUGUAAUCUUUAAUGAUUUCAUCAUGAAAUAUAAUUGUAAAGAGAGAGUGUCAAUUUAACUUUAAAAGUUGGGGAAGAAAGUAUGUGAAGAAUAAGACAGAAAAAGUGAGAAGAGUUUCAGUUGCAAAUUAUUUGUCUUUUACCCUUAUUUUACUGGAGAAAAUGGUGCAAGGUUUGAGUUUCUAUUGCUCUGGCCUGCUAUCUCACAUUCAGUGUUCUUAACCAGCUGAUUUUUCCUUUUCCUUUUUUUCAGUUUUCAGUUCAUAAAAUGAAACUAUCAGACUUAAGGUCUCGUAAAAAGUUAUUGGUAAAGUCCAGUUAAGUUUGGUUUGUAUGGAAGGUGCUAAUCAUUCAAAAUCAAUGAUACUAUCUUCAAUUAUCUUCAGUUCAUUUUAAUUUUAUUGAAGAAAUCAUUAUUCCUCAACGAUCUGUUUUUCUUCCUUUAACGGACAAGUUUCUUCUUUAUAUUUCAAAUAAUGAUUGGUUGUAAGGUUGUAAUUUUGGCUUUAUUAAUUAUAGUUAAAGGCUGUAACUCAAUAGUUCUAUCUCUUUCUUGAUCAGUUCGGUCCCAGCUACAUUUUCAUAAAGAUAUUUUAAAGUCUCUUAUUCUUAAGAUAAUUUAAAUCAAGUCUUUAAAGUUAAUUUUAAUUAUAAUAUUUGCAUAAUGGCAGAAGCACUUAAUGGUAUGCAACAGUUUCAUGUGAAUUUGGACUUAGUCUCCAACUUCACUCACGGACCAGUUACUUUUAGCAUUGCCCUUAGUGUGAUGUCCAUGGUGUGGCCCUUCUGGGUGUUAUUGGACCCCAAAUCCCAUAUGCCCCGCAGAGGACCCUACAGUCUGCAAACAAUAGCGUCUUGGAGGUCCCGGGCCUCAAGGAGGUUAGACUGGCCUCAACCAGAGCCAGGGCCUUUUCGGUCCUGGCCCCAGCCUGGUGGAAUGCCCUGCCACAAGAGACCAGUGUGGUGUAGUGGUUAAGAGCGGUAGACUCGUAAUCUGGGGAACCAGGUUCGCGUCUCCGCUCCUCCACACGCAGCUGCUGGGUGACCUUGGGCCAGUCACACUUCUCUGAAGUCUCUCAGCCCCACUCACCUCACAGAGUGUUUGUUGUGGGGGAGGAAGGGAAAGGAGAAUGUUAGCCGCUUUGAGACUCCUUAAAGGGAGUGAAAGGCGGGAUAUCAAAUCCAAACUCUUCUUCUUCUUCUACCAGGGCCCUGCGGGACUUGACAUCUUUCCACGGGGCCUGUAAGACGGAGCUGUUCCGCCAGGCCUUUGGUAGGUGCCCAGUCUGACCCCUCUCUUCCUACAAGACCCUAUAUAUAAGAGGCCUCUCUAACUCCUCUCACCGGCUCAUAUAAAUAGCUGAGCCUAGUGAGUACCUAAGGUUCCCAAUCCCUACAGUCAUAAUUUGCUGGUUGCCUUCUGAUCUUACUGAUUUUAAUCCAAUUUUAAACUGUAUUUCAGUCAAUUGCUGAAUUUUAUGUUUUAAUGUAUUUAUAUUUUGAUGGUAGCCGCCCCGAGCCCAGUUAUGGCUGGGGAGGGUGGGAUGUAAAUCAAAAUUUAAUUAUUAUGAUGAUGAUGAUGAUGAUGAUGAUGCAUAUAUUUUUUUCAAAACAUAUUUUUAUUGAUUUUUACAUGAAAUUUCCAAAAAACAUACAACAUAUUUUCUUAUCUUAUUCAGUGUUUUGGACUUCCAUCAACCACAUCUGAAGAUUUUUCAAUCUUUAUCACUUAAUCUGCAUUUCAUUAGUUUCACUAUUACUUUUAAUAGUCCUUCACUAAUUAUUCUCUUCAUACUUUUCUCUGCAAUAUUUCUCAUAGUCCUCCUUACAAAACCUCUUGCAAUCCUACUAGCGUAAUCUGUUGAUUACAAUUGCUUUUCAAAUAAUUCACAUAUUUGCUCAGUCCUCUGAGAAUCUCUGAUCCCGCAGGUUUCGAAUCUUUCCUGUCAUUUUAUCUACUUCUGCAUAGUUCAUUAAUUUUGUCUGACAUUCUUCUUUCGUCGGUAAUUCUUCUUGUUUCCAUUUCUGUGCCAAUAGUACUCUUGCUGCCAUUGUUGCAUGUAAAAACAGUUUAUUUUCUUGUCUAUUAAUAGCCUCCCCUACAAUGCCAAGUAGAAAUGCUUCUGGUUUUUUAAUAAAUGUAUAUUUCAACAUCUUUUUCAUUUCAUAUUAUUAUUAUUAUUAUUAAUUCCCCAGCCCAGCAUGGCCAGCAACAUCUGGAUGGCCACAGGGUAUCUCCUCCCCUAGUUUAGCAUGACCUAGAAUCAUAGAAUCAUAGAAUCAUAUAGUUGGAAGAGACCACAAGGGCCAUCGAGUCCAACCCCCUGCCAAGCAGGAAACACCAUCAGAGCACUCCUGACAUAUGGUUGUCAAGCCUCUGCUUAAAGACCUCCAAAGAAGGAGACUCCACCACACUCCUUGGCAGCAAAUUCCACUGUCAAACAGCUCUUACUGUCAGGAAGUUCUUCCUAAUGUUUAGGUGGAAUCUUCUUUCUUGUAGUUUGGAUCCAUUGCUCCGUGUCCGCUUCUCUGGAGCAGCAGAAAACAACCUUUCUCCCUCCUCUGUGUGACAUCCCUUUAUAUAUUUGAACAUGGCUAUCAUAUCACCCCUUAACCUCCUCUUCUCCAGGCUAAACAUGCCCAGCUCCUUAGCCGUUCCUCAUAAGGCAUCGUUUCCAGGCCUUUGACCAUUUUGGUUGCCCUCCUCUGGACACGUUCCAGUUUGUCAGUGUCCUUCUUGAACUGUGGUGCCCAGAACUGGACACAGUACUCCAGGUGAGGUCUGACCAGAGCAGAAUACAGUGGCACUAUUACUUCCCUUGAUCUAGAUGCUAUACUCCUAUUGAUGCAGCCCCGAAUUGCAUUGGCUUUUUUAGCUGCCGCGUCACACUGUUGGCUCAUGUCAAGUUUGUGGUCAACCAAGACUCCUAGAUCCUUUUCACAUGUACUGCUCUCAAGCCAGGUGUCACCCAUCUUGUAUGGGUGGGGUCUUUAACCCUUGGCCAUCAGGUUAUUGCUGAGCUCCAACUCCAAUCAUCCCUAGCCAGCCUGGCCAAUAGUUAUGGAUGAUGCAACAUAGGGAGUGCCGCAGAUUAGCCACCCCAACCCACAGCCUUAAUUCCUCAUUGCCCAUCUUUGGGUGGUAAAAUGGGGUACAAGUAGUGUAGUAGUUCCCCGUUCUGCUCCACAGAACCUGGAGAAGAACUACACUGGGGGAGGGAUGGGGAAGAAGACCCCAAAGUCAUUUGGAAAUCGAUUGUUGUCCAUGGCAGUUGAUCAUUCCUGCAGUGCAGCCGGAGCUAAAUAGGGAAUUUUGGCAGAUGCAGUUUGUCAUAUUGCCAUUCUGCAUGGGGUGGAGAACCUUGUCCGCUUCUGCCCAGUCCUGCUCUUCCUCCUAGAAUUUGUGGGGACUUGGGUUCCGGUCCUUGCUCAGCCACUUGUUCACUGGAUGGCUUUGAAGCAAGUUGCUGAUUUUUUUUUGGCCUCAUUUUCUCAUCUGAUGAAAUGGGCGUAUAUAGGAAUAACAAUAAUUGAAGGAAUGAAGAAAACGGUUAAAGGUCUACAUGAGGUUCUUGUUAUACAGUGAGAAGAUAUUUUUGUUGUUGUCGCUCUUGUUACUAUGUUUUUGAUUUUAUGAUACUAUUUGUGUUCUUUACCUUAUUUAUAUUGCCCAGAGGUGUUUAGUUAUUACCGUAUUUUUCGCUCUAUAAGACGCACCAGACCACAAGACGCACCUAGUUUUUGGAGGAGGAAAACAAGAAAAAAAAUAUUCUGAAUCUCAGAAGCCAGAACAGCAAGAGGGAUCACUGUGCAGUGAAGGCAGCAAUCCCUCUUGCUGUUCUGUCUUCUAGGAUAGCUGCACAGCCUGCAUUCGCUCCAUAAGACACACACACAUUUCCCCUUACUUUUUAGGAGGGAAAAAGUGAGUCUUAUAGAGCAAAAAAUACGGUAAUCUGUUUAGAGAAGCAUUUAAAUAAAUGGUGUUGUUUGUUAUUACGCAACAAGGUCUGCAUGGGACUUGUCAUAUUGUCUCUGUUGAUGCUUAGUUUAAAUUCUGUUCAUAGCUAGAGAGAUCAGUUCAUCCGUAACCCACCUCUCUCUCUCUUUCCACCCACAUUCGGUCCUGCAGCUUCCCCUCACCUUGAUGUUCCCGUAGAAGACAGUGCAGAGCAUGUCAUUAAAGUGGUAAUUUUCAUACCUUUUUAAAAAUCAACUUCCGUGGCAAAGGGCUGUAAGUUACUGCAAGGUCCGCUCUGUAUGUCCUUUUUGUUACGCAUUUGUGAUGAUUUGAACUCACGAUGAUAUUGGGGCGGUUAUACUUGAUCGUGCUUUCAGUAAUGUUUGCGCCUGCAGAUAUCUUGGGGGUAGACAGACUGCUUUGUCUCAUGUCCUGUAACUUCCUGCUGAAAUCCUGUAACUUUGCACACAACAAGAAUUCCAGGGUUUGUUUGUUUUUUCCCUGGAGUGCCCCUCCAGAUGGCAAUAACGCAAUAACAUGGGGAAAGCACCACAGAACAACUAAUAAAGCAGAAUGAUGUGUGGACAGCCCAUUAUAAAUCCACCAGUGAUUCACUGUUACUGCGUUAAUGACAUGUUGCAGAAUACGUCUGCAAACAAACCCCUGGUCCGGAGAGGCCUUAAGAGUGCAAUGUAUCUCAACAAGUGCUGAAAUCUAUCCUGCAGUUCCUCAGUGUUGCUUUCCAUACAUAUGAGGGCUCUAAUAUUAUGUUUGCCUCAUUUUCAAUGCAAUUUCAGAAUGUCUAUAGGCCCUGUCCCUAACAGCACAGCACAAUUUCCUGAUGUAUUAAUAUUCAUCCUUAUUGGAGUAAUAAUUCUUACUCUAGAUUUGCAGAAUGGAGAUGGCAGGUGUACCUCAGGGGUGGGGGCAGUUCCACAACCUAGGAGCUGCCACGACGAAUGCCCUCUCCUGGGCCACCCCAUCACCCUGAACGGGGCACAGUGGAAUUGCCAAAAGUCCCUCCUCUGCUUAUCUCAACACCUGAGAGGGUUUGGAGGGAAGGAGACUUGUGUAAACUUGCACAGGAGAACUUCCUCUUCCUUAAAUGUGCACCCUCAAAAUCUACUCCAGUGGGCUGGGAGGAGGUCCCCCUAGGAUAGACUUUGGGGGUACAUGGGCAGACGAUAGUAAUGUCCUGCACUCGAUGCAACCCAUUAUCUAUCCUCUUUAUUCAUUUUUCACAACUUUAUCGCAUCCUUCCUCUAAGGACAUCACAGUGAUAUAUAGGGUUCCUCACCACAACCACCAGCCUUCCCUUUUUCUUUCCAACAAUCCUGUAAGGUUAAUUAUAAAAAAAGCUUAACAACUUUGAUGAAGCCUCCGCAAAAAAACUCAACAACUCUGGACAAUUCAGUGGGUAGAUCACUGCCAGUUUAUUUAUAGUGGGAGUAGAUCGCAGUCUCUUGGAAGCUGGACAUGCCUGGUCUAAAAUAUGUAACUGUAUGAAGCUUUGUGGCCUGAGGGUUUUUAAAAUUUUGGGGUGCCUCCUACCUUUGUUCAACUCUCGAGAUAUCAUGAUGUUUAGCUGGUGAUAUAUAAUGAUGUUGAGAAACAGAUAUCAUCCAGCCCUAGUUGUGAGCGACAUUCAUUAACUGGAUGCAUCCAAUGCAUUUGCUUCUUCGUUUUUUAAUGCAGGAAUACCUUGAAAACGGACCCUUGUUUUCUGAACUGAAAUUCUACCAGCGAGCUGCAAAACAAGAGCAUAGUAAGUGGAGUGGCAGGCAAGUCGAAGCAUUUAUGCACUUCUUACAGUGCAAUAACGCUUUUCCAAAUACAGAAGCACACAGUUGUUGUCUUCUGCAAAUGUAAAGGUAAAGGGACCCCUGACCGUUAGGUCCAGUCGCGGACGACUCUGGGGUUGCGGUUCUCAUCUUGCUUUACUGGCUGAGGGAGCAGGCGUACAGCUUCUGGGUCAUGUGGCCAGCAUGACUAAGCCGCUUCUGGCGAACCAGAGCAGCGCACGGAAACACCGUUUACCUUCCCGCUGGAGUGGUACCUAUUUAUCUACUUGCACUUUGACGUGCUUUCGAACUGCUAGGUUGGCAGGAGCAGGGACCGAGCAACGGGAGCUCACCCCGUCACGGGGAUUCGAACCGCCAACCUUCUGAUCGGCAAGCCCUAGGCUCUGUGGUUUAGACCACAGCGCCACCCGCAUCCCUUCCGCAAAUGUAGUUGCAUGUAUUAUUGUUUCCAUGCCAUUAUUUUCUACUAACAGUUUCAAAACAUGUGUUCUUAACGUUGUACACCGCCUUGGGAUCUUUUGAUGAAGGGCAGCAUAUAAAUAGAAUAAAUAAUAAUAAAUAAAAACCUUAAGCUCAACUGUUUUGUUUUUUUUUAAAAAAACCCUUAAACAAGCAAGCAUAUUUUUUUAAUAAAAAAAGAAACUUCUUUUAAAAAUAUAUAUAUAUAUAUAUAUAUAUAUUCUUUACAUUUUUGCCAGUCAAGACGUGGAUGAAGCUGAAGCGAUUGACAUUUUUAGGAAUUCCUUUCUUCUGGGGAGCUGGUCAGACCGAACAUAAUGGCAAAAGGUAAGGAAAACGCACGUGCACGCGCACACACACACACUAUGUAAGUGAAUAAGAAUCAGCAUUUUUGAGGGUGGGGAGUUCAGUUGUCCAUUUCCUGAAAAGGAGGAGGAAGCUGUUUAGGUCAGUGGUAGACCUCAUGGUUUGCAGACUGAAGGUCCCAGCUGCUGUCCCCGUGGUUUCUCAAAUUCUUCUUCUUCUUCUUUUGGCGAUCACUCGUAGCUGAGUAAGAUUGUCUUCCAUAAACACUGUUUUAAAAGUGAGUCAGUAAAUGACUGUGGAGGCCAAUUCUGGAUCCACACCUCCUUCCACAGUGGGGACAUUGGUUUCUGGGCGGGAGUUGAUCACAGUGUGGAUUUGCCAAACGUACCUUCCUCUUAGCACAUUUCUCCCUUGCAUCCUGAGUUCAAGCGUCUUCAAAACCCAUGACACCUUUGGUAAAGGCUGUUCUCCAACUGGAGUGCUCACAGGCCAGUGUUUCCCAAUUGUUGGUGUUUAUACUACUUUUUUAAAAUUUGCCUUGAGACAGUCUUUAAACCUCUUUUGCUGACCGCCAUUUCCAUUUUUAAGUUCAGAAUAGAGUAGUUGCUUUGGAAGACGAUAAUCAGGCAUCCGCACAACAUGACCAGUCCAAUGAAGUUGAUAAUGACGAAUCAUUGCUUUGACACUGGUGAUCUUUGCUUCUUCCAGUACACUGGUAUUAGUUUGCCUGUCUUCCCAUCAACGAUGUCUCUGAAAAAUUUUACACAUCACUUGGGAAGACAGGCAAACCAAUACCUCUCAAAUUAGAAGAGUCUUGAGUAGUCCAACUACCGACUGGAGCAUUAGACCCAGUGGUCUAAUCUGCUAAAAGGCAGUUUAGUGCAGUCCUAGUGCAUGGACCUGCGUACACAGUCCUUCCCUUGAUCUCUCGACCUGAGUCCCUGGUUUGAAUUGCUGUGUGGUUUUAAUAGGAUUGUUUUAUUGUGGGUGCUUAUGUUUUAAGGUCUGUGUAAGGGCCUUUUAUACUUCGUAGAAGCCUAUUUUAACAUUAAGUGGUACAUAUAUAAAGAAACAAAAAGAAGAAUACGUUUUGUUGCUUAUAAUACAAGGCAACAAGCCAUGACAAUCCUAUGCUUAUGUCUCUCUCUGUGUGUUUUAUAUAGUUACAGAUUUAUGGUGAUGGAAAGGUUAGGAGAGGAUCUGCAAAGCAUUUUUGAAAGAGGAGGACGAAAGUUCAGCAAGGAAAUGGUUCUGCAGAUUGGAGUCCGCAUGGUGGGUAUUGGGCCCUUAGCAGUGCAAAGCUUGAAGGAAAUGCGUGUUGUCUAAACAGUCUCUAACAGAUGCUUGUGUACUGUUAACCUGAAAGGAGCGCCUCUAACAGGGAGGUUCUGCAAUGUCAUCCACAGAUUGCUGUGCCGUUUUUAUAAGUUAUCGUUAAAGGAAUUACAUAUUGCUUCAGAAUCCAACCAAGUUCUGCUCAGAGUAUAGACUCAUUGAUGUUAACCCAAGUUCACCUUGCCUGUCAACUUGAAUGGGCCUUCUUUAAUCAGGAGUAGCAUUGAAUACAACUCAUUGCUUUCUUUUUCCAUAGGCAGAUUUAAUUGAAUGAAGUUGGUACGAAUUACUGAGAUGCAUUUUUUUCAUCCCUUGUUGUUUACUCAUUGAUAUUGGGAGCUUGUGUAUUGUGGUAGCUGGGGAGCUUGUCCUCAGCCAUGAACCUCGUACAGCGGUACCUCUGGUUACAAACUUAAUUCAUUUCGGAGGUCCGUUCUUAACCUGAAACCGUUCUUAACCUGAGGUACCACUUUAGCUAAUGGGGCCUCCCACUGCUGCCGCGCCGCCGGUGUGCAAUUUCAUCCUGAGGUAAAGUUCUUAACCCGAGGUACUACUUCCCGGUUAGUGGAGUAUGUAACCUGAAGUGUUUGUAACCCGAGGUGUUUGUAACCUGAGGUACCACUGUAGAUGGGUUUAGAUCAAAAUUUCAAUGCCUCCCUCACCCCCUACUUUCACCGCAAGUUAAGAAAAUGACCUGCUUUUCCUCUUCAGCUUACCGUAUUUUUUGCUCUAUAAGACUCACUGUUUCCCUCCUAAAAAGUAAGGGGUAAUGUGUGUGCGUCUUAUGGAGUGAAUGCAGGCUGCGCAGUUAUCCCAGAAGCCAGAACAGCAAGAGGGAUUGCUGCUUUCGCUGUGCAGCGAUCCCUCUUGCUGUUCUGGCUUCUGGGAUUCAGAAUAUUAUUUUUUUUGUUUUCCUCCUCCCAAAACCAGGUGCGUCUUAUGGUCUGGUGCGUCUUAUAGAGCGAAAAAUACAGUAUUGCUUUCCGACUAAAACUGGCUGACCCACUGACCUAAUAUCAGUAUAACUCCUGGGUUCCUUUGUAAUUUGUCUGUCCCUCUCUCCUCCACUAGCUGGAUGCUUUGGAAUACAUACAUGAACAUGAAUACGUUCAUGGGGACAUUAAAGCAGGAAAUUUGCUUUUGGGCUACAGAAAUCCACAUGAGGUAAGGAUCACAUUUCCCCCUACCUGCCUCAUUGUUAAAUUUGUUUUGUUGGGGUGUGUGCUAUAGUUCAUUGUUAUAGUUCAUGGUUUGUUUUGGUGGGGUGUGUGCUAUAGUUCAUUGUUAUAGUUCAUGGUUUGUUUUGGUGGGGUGUGUGCUAUACAGUCAUACCUCUGGUUGUGAACAUGAUCCGUGCCGGAGGCACAUUCGCAACCUGCAGCGCUCGCAGCCUGAAGUGCUGCGUCUGCGCAUGCGUGUGACGCGAUUCAGCGCUUCUGCGCAUGACGUCAUUUUGUGCUUCUGCGCAUGUGCGAGCACCGAAACCUGGAAGUAACCCGUGCACAAUUUCUGCUUCGAUCCCAUUCUGUGUUCGUUAAGAACAUGAUCUUUUAGUGUGGCAGCACCUGAACUUUGGAACUCCCUGCCUAUGGAUAUCUGUCAGGCUCCUUCGCUGUACCCUUUUUUUCUGGCACCUGCAGAAAACACUUUCAUUUAGACAGCAAACCUACUCAGAUGCUUAGAAAGCUGGUGCGAGUUUUAACCUGUUGUUAGUCUAUUGUCCCUUUUAACUCUUCAGGUGUCUUAAAUUAUUGUUGCUCGUUUUUCUUAGUGAUGGUUUUGUUAUGUUACCUUUUCCCCCCUGUAAAACCGCUUUGAGGUUCUUUUAUAAUUGAGUGGUGUGUAAAUUUUAUGAAACAAAUAAAUAAAAUUGUGACUGCAGUACGAGUUGGCAGUGCCUUCUUUUUGUUUUAACUUAAGACGGUUUAUACAGCCAUACCUCGGGUUAAAUAUGCUUCAGGUUGAGCAUUUUCAGGUUACGCUCCAAGGCGACCCGGAAGUAACGGAACACGUUACUUCUGGGUUUCGCCGCUCGCGCAUGCGCAGACGAUAAAAUUACAUCAUGCGCAUGCGUGGAAGUGGCAAAACGUGACCCGUGCAGUCGCGUGUUCUACUCAGGAUGCGAACGGGGCUCCGGAACGGAUCCCGUUCGCAUCCAGAGGUACCACUGUAUAUAAUCAUAACAAAACGUUUUAAGAGUCUAAAGCACAGUAUGCAGACGGGUUUUUGAAAUGUAGUGCAUGCACGCUAAAGCAGUUUCGGGCGGCUCGGGUGCAGCUUUACACACAGUGAGUACUUGCAUUCAAACUGGUCCCUGCAGCUUGAAAUCCUUCGUUCAGCUCCCUAUGCACACCUUGGUCUUUGUGUCCAUGCACAGGCCAGCUGGAUGAGACUCCGUGUCUUCAAAUGCCACUGUAAUGGAUGAGAACUCCUUGCGUCCCAGGGACGAAUGCUUUGGAGAGAUCAGGUGUUGCAUCUUGCAGAGCGGUUGAUUGCCGCUUUGCUGCUAAUAAUGCUGUCGUUGAGUUCUUGCAGCCCUAAUUAAGUUGGCCUGCUAAUAUACUGCUGAUCCAGAUUUGUUGCUGAGCUAACAAAGCAAUAUAUCUCGCCAGGUUUUACGUGGCAGCUCUGUUGACUAAAACAAUAUACAGUGGUACUUUGGUUCUCAAACGCCUUGAUACUCAGACACUCAGUUUGGCUUCCGAAAAUGUUUGCAAACCAGAACACUUACUUCUGGGUUUGCAGUGUUUGGGUUCCGUUUUGAGUGUUACGCUGAGGUCUGUCUGUUUUUGGUAUUUAUUUUGCUUUUUUGUUGCUGUGGCUCUUUUGUGUGUGUGACUGUGUGGAACCCAGUUCAGCUACCGAAUGAUUGUGUGGGACUGCAGUACAUUGUUUAUUGCUUUCAUUUUAUUGAUCAGUGGUCUUCUUAGAGAGUAAAAUUUAUGUUAAAUUGCUGUUUUAGGGGUUGUUUUUAAAAGUCUGGGACGGAUUAAUCCAUUUUGCAUUACUUUCUAUGGGAAAGCGUGUCUUGGUAUUGGAACGCUUUGGUUUUGGAACAGACUUCCAGAACAGUUUAAGUUCGAGAACCAAGGUACCACUGUAUAUGAAAGGAUGAAAUACAUUCCAUGUUUGUCAUGCCGUCCCCUCAAUAUCUUCUUCCUAUAGUUGUGAUGCUUUUCUGACAUUAAGUUCCCGGCUCGUGAAUGUUUCUUUAGCUGUGAUUCCUGCACUGCUUGGAGUUGGGCUACACAACCAAACUCAGCAGUUUUAUGAUUCUAGGUUGUGUUUAGUAUAAUUUAUUGGAGUUUAAUUCUGACCAUGAUUGCUCUUUGGGAUCCUUCGUUUGUGAUCAUUCUGUUGGAGCUGAACCUCCUUUUCAUGUUGUCAUUUAGUGCCUAUAUUUGCAUGCACUGCCCAAAGGCUCCCAAACCAAGGCAACAGUUAAGUGCAUGACUUUAGACUCUGGUUUGCCAGCUUUGCCGGUUCAGACAUUACACUAAACCCCAGGGUGAGGAAGGGAAAAUCCUAAGGGCCAGAUUCUUUCGUAGAACAACAUGCUAGGGAUAAGUGAGGCCAGAUGCAAAAAUGCAGGGGAAAGGCAGUAGGCCCCACAGUAGCCAGAGGUCUCCAUCCUGGCAGGUGAGAAUAAUAGAAUCGUAGAAGAGUUGGAAGGGACCCUGAGGAUUAUCUAGUCCAACCCCCUGCAAUGCAGGAAUAUGUGGUUGUCCCAUACAGGGAUCGAAGCUGCAACCUUGGCACUAUCAGCUCUGUGCUCUAACCAACUGAGCUUUCCAGUUUAGAAGCACAAUGUUCAAGGAUACAUUCCUGCCAGGCAAAACAUCACUCAAAGGAGCUGGUGAGGGCUGCAGGAGAGUCCCAGGGGCCACACGGAGCUCUUCAUUUGGCCCCUGGGUUUGUGGUUCCUCAUCCCUGCACUAAGACAUACAGUGGUACCUCUGGUUAUGAACAGGAUCCGUUCCGGAGACCCGUUCACAACAUGAAAAGAGUGCAACCGGAAGCGCCGUAUCUGCGCAGGUGCACAGCGCGAUUUGGCGCUUGUGCACAUGCGCGAGCAGCAAAACCCGGAAGUAACCCUUUCCGGUACUUCUGGGUCGCUGCGGGACGUAACCUGAAAGAACGUAACGUGAAGCAAACAUAACAUGAGGUACGACUGUAGUCAAUUCCAAACCAGGUUUAAGAAAAGCUUUCUUACAAUCGCCUUGAGGGCUUUUUCUUCCUUUCUUGUUUUACAGUCAAGUGUUAUGUUAAAAUUUAUGAAAUAACCAAGAAAGUUUGUGUCGGAAUUUUAUUUAUUUCUGCUGGAAAUUUCCAUUCCAGAAUAUCUGCUUUUCAUUCGUGUGUGUGUGUGUGUGUGUGUGUGAGAGAGAGAGAGAGAGAGAGAGAUACCAUAUAGAAGUGUUUUAAAAUUAUUUUUUUCUGAAAUGUUCCCAGCAUCAUAGGCAAUGCAGAGCACACACACAACAACAACAAUGGGGGGGGGUGUAAAGCGAGUAAUUAUUUGUUUUCUUGUGUGGGAGUGAGAAAGGCAAGCAAAUAAAACCAGCCCUCUCCUUUUCCUUUGACCUCCUAAAUGAUGUGUUGGGAAUUGUAAGAUGAUCGGAAUCUGCUGACCUCCGGAAGGUCAGCUUGCUGCUGAUUUCAUUCACUUGCAGGGAAGCGUUAGGCCACUGAGUGAAUCUUCAGGGCAAAAGAGCCUCUCUUUUUAUCAAUAAGCCUCUUAACGUUUUGAGGGUUGUUGCAGUGCAUCAGGAGAGGGUGCUGACCCUUCUGCCCUGGCAACAGCCUUCAAAGCUUUUCCUUGGACUGCUGUGUAUUUUUCAGUUCCGUGUAGCUGCUAAGGAUCGGGUGUGAAGCAGGUACUUUAUGCCUUGAGCCAUCAGAUACAGUGGUGCCUCGCAAGACGAAAAGAAUCCGUUCUGUGAGUCUCUUCGUCUAGCGGUUUUUUCGUCUUGCGAAGCAAGCCCAUUGACGGAUUAGCGGAUUAGCGCUAUUAGCGGCUUUUAGCGGCUUUUAGCGGCUUAUCAGCUUAUCGGAUAAGCAGAUAAGCGGCUUAGCGGCUUAGAAAAAGGGGGGGAAAGGGGGAAAAAACCGCAGGAACUCGCAAGACAUUUUCGUCUUGCAAAGCAAGCCCAUAGGAGAUUCGUUUUGCGAAGCACCUCCAAAACGGAAAACUCUUUCGUCUAGCGAGUUUUCCGUCUUGCGAGGCAUUCGUCUUGCGGGGCACCACUGUAAUUACAAUAAGAUUUAAUUGAAAUCUGAAUCGAUGAAUAAAUAAAAUACUUGAAACAUCCAAGGCAGUUGCUCAUCCAGCGUUUCCUUGGAAGUAUUCAAGGAAUAUGGUCCCUCAAAUCAUCUGACCUGCUGCUUUCCUUGACCAAAUUGCUCUUACAUUGAGGAAGAGCUUCCUCACUUUUGACCAAAAUUCUGUCUCCCUGUCCGGUUACAUCUAUGACUUUUUGUCUUAAGGUUGGUGGAAUCUUUCUUCUUUCAGAGUUUAUUUUAUGGCAUCCUUUCUGUCCCGUUAAAAGUUGCUUAAACUGCUUUGGAAAGUGCUCUAAAGCGUGAGUAGGCAAACUAAGGCCUGGGGGCCAGAUCUGGCCCAAUCGCCUUCUCAAUCUGGCUCAUGGACGGUCCGGGAAUCAGCGUGUUUUUACAUGAGUAGAAUAUGUCCUUUUGUUUAAAAUGCAUCUCUGGGUUAUUUGUGGGGCAUAGGAAUUCAUUCAUUUUUAUUUUUUUCCAAAAUAUAGUCCGGCCCCCCACAAGGUGUGAAGGUCAGUGGACCGGCCCCCUGCUGAAAAAGUUUGCUGACCCCUGCUCUAAAGUGUCUGUUUCCCCCCCCCUUCAUUUAAGCAGUGUCAGAAUUGCAGUUGGCUAGCCACAGUUCGUGAUUUCCAAAUAAUAAAAUAAAGCAUAUCUCUCUGUGCUUAGAUGGAGGCAAUAUUUGGGCAAGGCUGCCUCUUACAUUGCUAAGCUCAAUGACAAGGGAAUGCCAGCCAGUUCCACUUAAGUCGCCUCUUCCGUCACAGUGACUUGACGCAUUAUUGUCUUUCCAGCUCAGCUAGGUUGGGUAGCAAGCAGCAUGAAUCUGCUAGAGGAUACGGGAGGAAAUAAGAGUCGGUCAACCUGACAAAACUUUAUGCCUUGUCCCAGAUUUCCAAACGCCGCCUCCAGUCUUUAAUCUUUGUAUUGCAGUUUGUACAGGUCGUCAGGUGAGAAAUAUAAUCAGUAUAAUCUUUAAAAGCUGUUGCCCCUGCAGGAACAGAAAGCUGCAGUCCUGGUGACACGCUCCAAAUAGGCGCAGAAAAUGCAGCAGCAAGAAACAGGGUCUCCCUCCCCUUUAAGACACAGACCAGCCAUCCCAAGAUUGUAAAUCUGCCGGGGGCACAAACAGGAGUCAGUAAUUUUAAUAGAAUCAGCUACCAGAUAGCCUGACUGCCUUUUUUUUUUGUAGAAAAAGAGAAAAGGAAAAGGGAGACGGAAAAGAAAGAAGCCCAUCAAGAGCAAUAUAAUUAAAUUAAGAGCAAAGUCAGGCCGGUGCUGUUAAAAUAUAUAUAUAUAUAUAUAUAUAUUUUCCAGGGCAGGGAUUUGCCUGCCAGGAAAGCACAAAACUAGUUAAAGAGUGAUGCGGAAAGUAGUUUCUCCAACUUAACAGCUUGCAAAUUAAUGCAGUGAUUUUCUUAACGCUGGUGAUGCUUCGAAGGUGUUGGUCGGGAGCAUGAACCUUAAGGGCAGUGACUGCUGCUGCUUAAUGUCCACUUAUUAUUGCCAAGCUUUUAGCAGGUGCUUAUUCUCCGAAGACACUGGGCUGUUUCUUCGGUGGUGCUGUAACUCCAUAAUUUGUUUUUUUUACGUUUCUUUUCAUGUUUAGUCUAGCGCAGGGGGUGGCCUCUCCGGCAGGUGAGGAGUUGCACUCCCUUGAAAGGAGCAGGUCUGCAUCUUGCAGGUGCUCCUGGAUUCAACACUGUCCCUGGAGGCUCAGGUGGCCGCUGUUCUCCAUGCUCUGGGAUGCGGGCGGCGCUGCGGGUUAAACCACAGAGCCUAGGGCUUGCCGAUCAGAAGGUCGGCGGUUCGAAUCCCUGUGACAGAGUGAGCUCCCAUUGCCCGGUCCCUGCUCCUGCCAACCUAGCAGUUCAAAAGCAUGUCAAAGUACAAGUAGAUAAAUAGGUACCGCUCCGGCGGGAAAGUAAACGGCGUUUCCGUGCGCUGCUCUGGUUCGCCAGAAGUGGCUUGGUCAUGCUGGCCACAUGACCCGGAAGCUGUAUGCCGGCUCCCUUGGCCAGUAAAGCGAGAUGAGCGCCGCAACCCCAGAGUCAGCCAUGACUGGACCUAAUGGUCAGGGGUCCCUUUACCCUUUACCUUACUCCAUGCUCUGGAGGAGCUAUGGCAGGUCAGAUGGCAUCUGUGGACCAGAAGUUCCCCAAGCCCUGUGGUGUACAGCAGGGCUGUCCAACAGGUUGAUUGAGAUUGACUGGUCGAUCCCCAGGACGUUCUGGUCAAUCAUGGCCUCCUUUGCAGUGGCAUAAGAGCAUCUGGCCCCGGCCCCUUGCCCCAUCCUCCAUUUUUGCAUGAUCGCUGGAACCAGAAGAUGGAGUUUUCGCCGUGAGGCAGAUUGUUUCCUUAGCGAUCUUUUGGUGACUGACUUUUCCCCUUUCCCCUUUACUUUUCCUCCCUUAAAGAAACUCAACAACUUUGACCCGAACACCCCCCCCCCAAAAAAUGGGACUUUCCUCUGUUAAAAAAAGCUCAAAAACUUCAACCUGAACCACUGCCAGUUUUUUAUUCUGUGAGUAGAUCGCAGUCUCUUGGGAGUUGGACGCCCCGGUGUACAGUAACAAAUAUAUUUCUUCUACAGUGGUACCUCGGUUCUCGAACGCGCCUCGGAAGUCAAACAGCUUCCGCUGCGUGUUUUUCAAUUUUCUCAAUUGCAUUUGCAACCAGCCCUUUGCGCCUCGGUUUUCGAACGUUUCGGAACUCGGAACAGUCUUCUGGAACGGAUUACGUUCGAGAACCGAGGUACUGCUGUACAUUGUGUUUGCUUCUGUUGGGAUGUGUCCAGGGAACGGGGGCAAUUUGCAGGCCCCAGCUGGCUCCAGCCCACCGGCCGGCAGCCGGGUGAACUCUGGUCUCCUUGGAACAGCAUCAAUCAGCGACUCAUAGCUUCAGAAGCCUUCAGAAACUUGAGCACGCUGUAAUCAGCAGAGUGAAUAACUCUUCACAACGGAAGUGGCGGACAGAGGCAUAUGUAAGGCGUAUUUACAAGCAUUUUAUUCAGCAUUAGAACAAAGGAAAAACAUGUCUGCUUCCCUUCUUGUCCAAGCAAACAGCAUAGGCAAAAGCUAUAUACAGCGGAAGUUCCCAGCAGACUGUGCUGGAAGUAAAUAGACAUGUGACUUACAACAACUUCACAUGCCUGUUCUAUAGGUGGAAUGGAACUAUAUUCUAACAGCUUCUUUGAAACAUUUAUGGAAUAUAUUGGAAAAAAAUCUUUCAGGAUCCCCACCCCAACAUUGUUGUUGUUGUUGUUUAGUCGUUUAGUCGUGUCCGACUCUUCAUGACCCCAUGGACCAGAGCACGCCAGGCACUCCUGUCUUCCACUGCCUCCCGCAGUUUGGUCAAACUCAUGCUGGUAGCUUUGAGAACACUGUCCAACCAUCUCGUCCUCUGUCGUCCCCUUCUCCUUGUGCCCUCAAUCAUGCCCAACAUCAGGGUCUUUUCCAGGGAGUCUUCUUUUCUCAUGAGGUAACCAAAGUAUUGGAGCCUCAGUUUCAGGAUCUGUCCUUCCAGUGAGCACUCAGGGCUGAUUUCCUUCAGAAUGGAUAGGUUUGAUCUUCUUGCAGUCCAUGGGACUCUCAAGAGUCUCCUCCAGCACCAUAAUUCAAAAGCAUCCAUUCUUCGGCGAUCAGCCUUCUUUAUGGUCCAACCACCCCAACAUAUCCCUAGUUAUUACCAUUAUUACCGUUAUUAUUAUAUUAUUGUUACUAUUAUUAUUAUUUAAAAUUCUAUAUCACCCUUCAUCCGAAGAUCAUGUGCCAGUUUACAAAAUAAAAACACAAAAAUACAUUACCUGAUAACAGACAAAGACAAUACCUCCUCAAAUUUAAGAGGACACUGAUUCUUUAACUAGCCAGAGGCCUGGGAGAAGAGGAAUAUUUUCGCCUGGUACCUCAAGUUAUGUAAUGAAGGUGCCAGGUGAACCUCCCUGUUGAGAGCAUUCCACAAAUGGAGAGCUACUUCAAAAAAAAUGCCCUUUCCCAUGUUGCCACCCUCUGGACCUCACAUGGAGGAGACACAAAAAGAAGGACCUCAGAGGAUGAUCUCAGGGUCUGGGUAGGUUCAUAUGGGGAGAGGCGGUCUUUGAGGUAUUGCAGUCCUGAGCCGUUUAAGGCUUUAUCUGUCAAAAGCAGCUGUUUGAAUUGGGCCUGGAAGCUAAUUGGCAGCCAGUGCAUUUGGGCCAGGAUUGGUGUAAUACGCUCACACCUUCUUGCCCCACUGAGCAACCUAGCAGCCAACUUCUGCACCAGCUGAAGUUUCCGAACCGUCUUCAGAGGCAGCCCCACGUAUAACGCAUUGCAGUAAUCUAACCUAGAGUUUACCAAGUCAUCAAGCAAGUGCUCAGCAAGGCGGCCAUCAGAUGCUAAGAGCAUAGCUGGGUUUGCUUGAGACAUCUCCCCUAAUGGGUUACCAUUUUUUCCUUAUUGCUGCCAGAUUCAGACAUGGCAAAACUGACAACCAGGGGGCCUUCUCUUUCAGGAUUAUUUGUGGUUCUUUUUUUGUGUGGCUGUUGGAAAACUUUCAAAAGCUUCUGUUCCAACUACAGAGAGAUGUUCUCUCCUGGAGCCUUUUUGUCCCCCCGCCAGAAGGAAACAUUAGUAUGUCGUACGCUUGGUGUUUGCGGAAAACUUUCCUCUUCCGUCCUUUUUCUGUAAGCACGGCUGUUAUGAACUUGUCGAAGGGCUGGCUGUUGAAAGACACGAUCUGUCGUGCCUGCGUGUGUGAGUGUGUUUAGUAAGGAGGAGACGGGGUCCCCUAAGCAGCAUGGAGACAGAUAAAAGACAUCUUGCACUUUAUGAUGUCUGGAGCCCCACCUGGAGAGAAGAUAGCUGAGGAGCAAAACAGACAAAAAUUCCUUUCUGCUCUGAAAUAAGACUGGGUAUGGAAGUGGCACGCAACUCAGGAGGGCGAGGGUAGCUCUUAACAGCCCCUCGAUGGACAUAUUUUAUCCUGAGAUGCCAUUUGGCUUAAUAAAAUGCAGAUCUGAGAGUCUCCUCAAGCCACCGUUUUCCUCCAGCUUAAUUAGAAAGGUUAUACUUUUUCCAGAGGACAAAAGCAUCAUUCAUUUCUCUCCGCUUGUCUUCCAGGUUUAUCUUGCUGAUUAUGGACUCGCCUACAGAUAUUGUCCCGAUGGGAACCACAAAGAGUAUCGGGAAAAUCCUAAGAAGGGCCAUAAUGGGACCAUAGAGUUUACCAGCUUAGAUGCUCACAAGGGAGUAGGUAGGUUGCUCUCUACCUCCCCCGGUCUUCCUUCACCCCUUCAAAAACAUUUCAGGGAGAAGAAAUGAGUAAUUGGGCUGGUGUGAAGCAUACUUGGAGAAGCAGCAGGUUUAUGGGGCUUUGUGUGGCGACUUCCUGUCCCCCUAAGUCAGUGUGGCAGUCUGGAGUACAGCAAGGCAGAAAGCAUGAUAAAGAACAGUGAAUUUUGAAUAAUGUUGUAAGGCGAAGAGAACUUCCUUUUCCCCCUUCUUUUUUUUAAAGAAAGGAAAUUACUGCCUUUAAGUAAACUUUGAUGUCGUGCACUGUGAAGCUGUACAAUCAGAUCAGUAGUAGAGUGGAACUCUCUCACUCUUUUCCCCCUCACUGCUUCCAGCCUGACUUGGGAACAGGCCAAGUAAUUCGUUCAGUCCGCUUUUUGCAGCAGAUGAAUCUGUUUUGACAUCCCUGCUUGCAAAUUUAGACCGCGGGGAAAGGAGAAUCUCGGGCGUCCCCCUGGCCCUCCAGGCCUCUCCGUCUUGGCCAUUGAGCCUCAUUUCAGGCCACGCCCCUCACUAUCCUUGAUUGGCACCAUUCCUGAAUAAAUUUGCCUACCUGGAGAGUGUGUCCUUAACCUCUGAUGGUGAUUCUUUCUUGCCUGGAUGCGAGAAUACAGAGGCGGCAGGAUGAAUAUGCGUAGAAACCAGCCGGCUGUAUAAGGUGAAGUUUAAAUUCAGGACUCCACAUUCUUUUGUCUCUGGCCCUCCAGAAGGUUAUCCAGAAUGGAAUGUGGCCCUUCAGCUGAAGGGGAAAAAAAGAUUCCUCCCUCCUGCAUUAUGUGCACCUCUAGAUUUUGCAGCGCACCUUUGGUCCCUAAAAGAAUGCAAAAUAAUAAUGAUAAUUAUGCAUUUUGCUCUACAGUGGUACCUCGGGUUACAUGCGCUUCAGGUUACAGACGCCGUUAACCCAGAAAUAGUACCUCGGGUUAAGAACUUUGCUUCAGGAUGAGAACAGAAAUGGUGCUCCAGUGGCGCAGUGGCAGCGGGAGGCCCCAUUAGUUAUGUGGUGCUUCAGGUUAAGAACAGUUUCAGGUUAAGAACGGACCUCCAGAACGAAUUAAGUACGUAACCAGAGGUACCACUGUAUAAGAAGAAUGCCUACAAAAUGUGUACAAUUUACCUGCGGAAUAUUCGUACAUUUGUAUGGAAAAUCCCCACACAAAAAUGGGACUGGUCUGUAACUGAGUGCAAGCUAAAUUAAUUCAGCAGAGAUUUAACCUUGCGGCUUCAUCUGUAGCUUGUCUUAUUUUUCUACUCGUAUCAAAACACAUAGGAAUCCUCCUGCCUACAGGCCACCAGUUGGCCAAAGUCAGUGAUCGUUCUGGCCCUUUCCAACCAUCUUCUGCCGUGCUCUUGGCAAGACGGCUCUCCUUGUUUCUGAUUAAACUUCCCAAAGCUCAUCAUCUUUUCUCGUUAUUUUGCAAGCUAUGUGAAGUGUUAACUUUUAAAAAAAUUCUUGCCCGCCCCUGCUCCCUCAAGCUCCCCCCCCCCCCACAGUAGCCUUUCAUAUAUCUUACUUAUUUAAACUCACUUUGACAGUAUUGGAAACACAUUUGCAGGUAAAUUACAUACAUAGUCCUUUUAUUGGAUAUUGAUUGCACUGCCUUGCAUUCCAAGGCAGACUUAAUUCAACAAUUCCCUAAUUAGUUAAAGUCAUAACCUGUGUCUUGUAUUCAUUUACCAUUAAUUAAACCUCAGCUGUUUAUUACACUGCAGUCCAAAUUCAAUAGCCGGCCCAAAGAGCCAUAGAAAAAGAGAAAAAGGUCAAUAUCGAAAACAUAUGGCACUUGGGCGAGCCUGUCCGUCCCCCCAAUGGCUGCAUUGCUUGCAAUCGAUGGUGGUCAAUGCAACACGACUUUCUUAGUUGCUAUGUCAGCAAGACACAAAGUCAAUUCUAAUGUUAUGCUAGUGUGGAAAAAAAUAAAAGUGAUUAUUGCCAAACUUUGACUACUGUUUAACUUGAGACUUUUUUUGGGGGGGGGGGAAGUAGGUGCUAUUUAGGAGUUCUGUCUCAAAUUCCUUCCCAAUGUGCCAAUAAGAUUCCUCCUCUCUUUCUCCUACCAGCUUCAACCCCUGCCCUCCCCCCAAAAAACCCCUGCCUCUUCUAUAAAGCUUUUUAAUUUGAUCUCCCCCACCCCAAGUCCAUGGGUAGCAAACAUGUGCUUUCCAGAUGUUAUCAUAUUGCCUUCCACAAAUGCCUUGAGGCAAUGCACGGAAUUCAACAAAAGCAGCUAAGAAACAGUUGGGAACAAACAUAGGAAGUAACAUUGGAUAAAUAUUAAAGGAGUGCUGCUGAGUUAACACCCCUGGCAGAGCCCUGUUCACGUGGCUGGAAAAGGUUGCCAGAACAGAAACGUCUUCAGUUGUUUCUGGUAAGUGUGGAUAGCAGGCACCUGUUGAAUAGCUGCAGGAAUGCCGUUCCACAGAACAGGGGCAACCACACUAAAGGCCCUGAUCUCCUGGGGCUUCUGAUCUUCAGGGAACCUUUAGGAGAAACUCUCCAGCUCUCAUAGGUGUUGUUGGGCUCUAAUUUCCGUCAGCUUCCACAAGCAUGGUCAGGGAUGAUGAAAGUUGGAGAUAAACAACAUUUGGAGGGUUGGCUUACCCUUGCCUUAAUAAUAAUAAUAAUAAUAAUAAUAAUAAUAAUAAUAAUAAUAUACAGGUCUUGUACCCCGCCCAUGUGACUUGGUUGCCCCAGCCACUCUGUGCAGCUUUGAACAGAAUAUAAAAGAACGAAAAAACAAACAUUAAAAACUUCCCAAUGCGGGGCUGUCUUCAGAUGUCUUCGGAAAGUUGUCUAGUUACUUGUCUCCUUGACAUCUGAUGGGAAGGUGCUCCACAGGGCAGGUGCCACUAUCGAGAAGGCCCUCUGCCUAGCUCCCUGUAGCUUCACUUCACACAGUGAGGGAACCGCCAGAAGGCCCUCAGAGCUGGACCUCAGUAUUUGGGCUGGACGAUGAGGGUGGAGACGCUCCUUCAAGUAUACAGGGCCAAAGCUGUUUGGGGCUUUUAAAGACUUAAGUCAGUGUUGGUGCAUUUGCCAGUAUGCAUAACUUGUAUCAGGGGCCAGCAAACCUUUUCAGCAGGGAGCCAGUUCACUGUCCCUCAGACUUUGGGGGGGGGGGCAGACAGUAUUUUUUUUUUGGGGGGGGAUUGAACAAAUUCCUAUGCCCCACAAAUAACCCAGAGAUGCAUUUUAAAUAAAGGGGCACAUUCUACUCAUGUAAAAACACGCUGAAUCCCUGACCAUCCACGGGCCAGAUUUAGAAGGCGGUUGGGCCACAUCCGGCCUCCGGGCCUUAGUUUGCCUACCCAUGCCUUGUAUCCUGCUGCUAGCCUUGCCCCCGUCUUCCCUCUCUCCCUCUUGUAAGCUCCUUUUAAAGAAAUGCGGCACAGAAGUGAGAUUACAGAUAUAUGCCAAUACUGUGUAAUUUAGCUUGCAGCAGUUCUGUAGAUCUUUCCCAGCUUUUUUAUCUGCAGACUUUGUAGCUGGUGAUAACCGGGCAUCGAUCCUGCAUUCAAAACAUGCCCUUGACCACUGAGCUGUUGCCCAUUUUCCAAGGCUCCUCCUUCAAGCCUCAUAUACAUUGAUGGCUCUGUAUAAACAAUAAUGUCCAUACUUAAGAAAAAGUGACAGGCCUUUUCUUUCUCUCUCUUCCCUCCCACCCCACCAGAAGAGGGAACGUGCGCGUCGGCAAACAUUUGUGGUUGUUAAUAGCUGCUGAACUGUUAUCUUAAACUAAUACUUUCUAACGAGUUUUACUUGGCACAAACAGCUAUACGUUAUUGCUUUUUCUAUUAAAAGGACCAUUGACCAUGUAAUGUAGAGGGCCUUGAUAAUUUGCCAGCACUGUUAAGACCUGCAGUCAUUUAACACUGGUCAUUAGGAAAAAUGAAAUGGGACUCUUGCGCCUCUCUGGUGCUGAGACAAUUGCACUGUUUGACCUGCUGGAAGCAUUUCAGGAGGAAAGGGGCCAUAAUGGGCAAGCCUUUUUCUGGCCCGUGCAACGGGAUGAGGAGGGUGGAAAUCUGUUAAGUCCACUGAUGCUGUGAGACAUGUGGCGACAGGCAAGCAUGGCCUGUUCUGUAAAAGGCUCCUGCAUUAGUCUAUGAAAGGAAUUAUCGGGUGAAAAACGGCUCCUGAACGGAUGGCAUUUGAGCGCUCACUGUUUCCCUGGUUCAAGGGAAUAGGGAAUAGUUACUCCGCAGACGCUCAAAUAGCUGAAUUAUGUGGUGAGUUGUAGUUGCGCAGCCUGAGUGCAUUUGUGUAAUGUGCUCCACCCCUAUGGGUUAUGGGCUUUUUCUUUUUUGCAUAUGUGGGGGUAGCUAUUUUUGGCCAAGGGGAAGUGAGUUGAUGAAGAGAGCAGACAUUUCUGUGCUCAUGAGGACUUGAUCCAAUGGAUGGUGUGACGUUAACAUAUGAGAGUGCUGGAGGUGAAAUAGUUAAACUGGUUACCCAAUCAGAACCCAGGGGGUGGAGUCAGAGGGACUAUAAAACCAGCUCUGGGAGGGCGAAGGGAGGAGUUUGUUGGGAGUUGGGUGGUUGGUUGGAGUGGGAGUGAAUUGGGGUAGAGUCUGUGAGUAGGCUGAGUUAGUGUAGCAAAAUAAGCUGAGUCAGGAACAGUAAGGAGCUAGGAAGACAAGUAAAUAUCUGAGAGGUGGUUUAGUGAGUGAGAGCAGGUAGCGGAAGUUAUAGGUCUGGAGAGGCACCCCCUGAUUGUAAUUGACCGAUACCGUUUAUGAAACCACACGCUUGUUAAACUGCAAUAAAUAAAUAGAAGUUUAUGUUCCAAUUUAACCCUGACUGAACUCAGUAUUGUCCCAGGUAGGGCCUGGGUAGUGGCAGCGAGAAAUAAAGUGGUGGCACAGGGAUCAAUAGAUGGUGAAACGUCUGGGGACCCUGUGUGAUCGCCACAGAUGGAUUAAUAAUAAUAAUAAUUUUAUCAUUUAUACCCCGCCCACCUGGCUGGGUUUCCCCAGCCGCUCUGGGGUUCAAGUUGCACAAAAGGAGAUCCAAACUUUCUGACAGUAAGAGCUGUUCGACAGGGGAAUGGUCUCCCUUGGCAGGUGGUGGACUCUCCCUUCCUUUGAGGUUUUUAAGCAGAGGUUGGGUGGUCACCAAUCAUGGAUGCUUCAGUUGAGAUUCCUGCAUUGCAGAGGGUUGGGCUGGAUGACCCUCUAGGGUCCCCUCCCAAUGUACAAUUCUAGGAGGCCUAGAAACUAGGAGCAUGCAUCAAUCACAAGGUCCACUUUAGACCCCCUUUUGGCGUUUUGGAAAACUGCACGCCUUAGUCCAAGUGGCCCAGUGUGUCUCAAAAUGCAUCCAAGUCCGUUCACGAUGAUGAUAGACUGUCAUAACAAGGCUGUUUCCAUUUUCCUUUCAUCUCCGUCACGUGAGGCGUGAAGGUCGCCUGCUACACUGACUCGCUUGCCGCAGCAGCAACACCAAAAGGGGGUUCUAAGACGUAACCCUUCUUGGGUCCAGUGCCGUAUCUCUGAACACGCACAUGGGCUUCCCUGCCUCUGCACCCCUUGCCUGCAUUGCAUCACUGGCUUGCUCCUAAACCUGUGCGUGUGAUUUGCAUAUGAAAGGACCCAGAUUUAAUCCUUGGGAUCUCCAGGGAAGUCCCCUGUCUGAAGCCCUGGAAAACUGCUGUCAGUCAACACAGGUGAGCUAGGAGGCUCCACGGACUGGCUCUGCCACAGACUGCUUUUCUGCGUUGCUAAAAAAUCUCCCCCCUCUGCAUGCCGAACUGGGGUUGUUUGUGUCUCGGUCUUAAACAGAAUCACAGCCCACCUUGCGGCAGAAGUGAUAAAAUAGCUGUAAAGCCAUAAAAAUGCUAUAUGAGCGAUAAACACUUGGCAUUGGGGGCUCUUAUUUCCUCCAAAUUCAAUUUUUUGUGCUUGAAACCAAUGGUCUAAGCAACCGUACGAUUGGCUUGGGUCUCUCUCCCUCCCACCCCAAAUUUUAAUCCCAGAAUCUGCCCAGAUCUUGUGGAGCAUUCGUUUUCUUUCCCGAAAGCCGUGUUGUGCAAAUAGUGUUGCCAUCCUUGCUUGUUCCUUGAUAAUUAAAGAGAAUUAUACCUGCGUCAAGCAUACCUCUUAAAAAUUUGUUACAUUGUUAGUAGUGUUAAAAAGUAAUAUUUGGAUCAAUGUGGCAUAUGGAUUUUUGCAGAUUUUCUACUCACUGAGGCAUGCAGUCAAUACCUAAUUUCUCUGGAGAUAUACUGCGCUUAACAUAUCGAGCUUCUUUUAAAUACUCUGGACCCUGCACGCAGAGUGCAUGAGACUGGUUUUAAUUUGCCAUCAUUGAUGAACAUAAGAGGAAUAUGAACUGUCUGAAUUAAAUGUGUUCCAGUGUGUUUAUUUGUAAGAGGGUGGCUGGCUUGGCUGGCUGGGGGGUGGAGUGGGGUGGGGAGGAAGAGUUCAGGUGCUGUCUCCUGUCCAAUUGCUUUUAACAAGUAAAUUACACAGCUGAUGCUAAGAGGUUUGUUCCUUUCCUAAGAGAGGUGGAAAUCUUCAUCUCAAUAUGCUUUUUUUAUUAAUUAGACAAAGCGAUGCUGAAGCACUUCUGCACAAGCGUUUUGCAGUGAUACCGGGGCAUUCUCAGGCACGAAGUUUUAAAUAUGCAGAGAGGCUGCGGUGUGUGAUGAGAGAUGUGUUGUUGGACCUGAAGCCACAUUCGCAGCAGAAAUUUAAAGCACUGUGAUACCACUUUAAACAGUUGUGGCUUCGCCCAAAGCAUACUGGGAACUGCAGUUUGUUGAGGGUUCUGAGCACUGUUAAAAGCAGGCGUGGGCAAACUCAGCCCUCCAGAUGUUUUGGGACUACAACUCCCAUCAUCCCUGACCAUUGGUCCUUUUAGCUAGGGAUGAUGGGAGUUGUAGUCCCAAAACAUCUGGAGGGCUGAGUUUGCCUGUGCCUGGUUAAGAGACUCCUAUUCCCCUCUCAGAGCUACAGUUCCCAGAGUCCCCCAGGAAAAGGGAUGGACUGGGAAACCAGUCUGGGAGUUGUAGUUCCGUGUAGGCAUCUCCUAAAAACUCUCAGCACCCUUAACAAACUGUAAUGCCCAGGAUUCCUUAACAGUGGUUUAAAGUGGCAUGACGAUUCGCCGAGCUUGUGAGACUCGUUUGAUAACAACGAGAAAUAGUGCUUUUAAGUGGUCAUUGGGCCAGUUUCUUGCCGAUAAAAGAUUCAGCAGGCGGAUUCCAUUUCAGCUUGUAAAAUGCAAGCUGAAAACUUUUCAAUUCCGUCUGCCCUACGCAGGCAAUUAAGAGCACAUCUUUCCACAGCAGUUAACUGCCGUCUGUUUUUAGCUUUUUUAUAUGGCCUUGAUUGUGUGGUUUCACGUACUGUCGCCGUAAACCGCUUUGAUGUUUUAAAAUGAAAAGCAGUCUAGAAAUACCUUUAUGAAUAAGAUUAACUCGGUACAGGGUUCAGAUCCUCUUUUGGCCACAAACUUUGCGGCGGCAUAAUAAUCCCAGUUAAGUGACCUGAGAUUUAUUAACGAGGAUUUGAUUUCGAUGCCACUUUUCUGCCGCUAAGGAGACACAAAGCGGCUUGCAAGACCACGUAAAAAGCAAAGCAAUGUAGAAGAGCAGCAAGGAAAGCACCAAGAUGGCUGGUUUUUGUUUGGUUUGUUUUAAACCCAGUGCAGCGAAUUUGCCAUUUGUCAUGGAUGCUUUAGUUGAGGUUCCUGCAUUGCAGGGGGUGGGGGAGUGGACUAGAUGUCUCUUGGGGUCCCUUCCAACUCUACCAUUCUCUUCUUCCUUUUUGGGGAUCACUAGUAGCCAAGUAAGAUUGUCUUCCAUAAACACGGUUUUAACAGUGAGUCCGUAAGUAACUGUGGAGGCCAAAUUUAGAUCCACACGUCCUUCCACAGUGGGAACAUAGGUUUCCGGCUGGGAGUUGAUCACAGUGAAGGUUUCCCAAGCGUGCUUUCCUCUUAGCACGUUUCUCCUUUGUGUCCUGUGUUCGAGUGUCUUCAAAGCCCAUGACAGCUUUGGUUCUCCAAUUGGUGCACUUGCUGGCAAGUGUUUCCCAGUUGUUGGUGUUUAUACUACAUUUUUUUUAGAUUUGCCUUGAGACAGUCUUUAAACCUCUUUUGUUGACCACCAGCAUUACACUUUCCAUUUUUAAGUUCCAAAAUAGUUGCUUUGGAAGAUGAUAACCAGGCAUCCGCACAACAUGACCAGUCCAACAAAGUUGAUGUUGAAGAACAUCAACUUCUACCAUCAGCUUCAACUUCUACCAUUCUGUGGUUCUGUGAAAUGAAUGAGACACAAUGGUUUACUAGCUUGGGAAAUUAUUAUUAUUAUUAUUAUUAUUAUUAUUAAAUGGCAUUUAGGUGAGCAGUUCUGGAAGGUGACCCUAACUCCAGAACUAUGGACCCUAACUCCAGAACUCUGGAAGGUGACCCUAACUCCAGAACUAUCUCUGGGAAGGUUUGAUGUCCUUUCCAUACCAGACAAAACAGCUUUUUAGUAUUUUUUCGCCCCGGGCCUUUUUAAUUUCUGCAUUCACAAAGUGUUUUCAUCCUGGCUGAGACAUAUGCUCUGUUGGAUGAUAUAUCCCUAGUUUUGGCCAGAUAAAGGAGGAGGAUAGAAUUAUUUUGACCAUUGUGAGAACCACCAUCCCUAUUUACCCUCCUUUCCUUUCUGUCCUUGCAAAGUCAACACAGCAUGCAUAGCAAAUGUUGCUAGAUGUGCCGCAAUCUUAGGCUGGAACUAUUAGGCCUGAUUCUGGCUUGGGAAAAUGUAAUCUUGCUUGUGACAGUGUAGGCGAAACCUGUUGAGACUAAAAGUCCUUUCAGGAAUUAUAGGGACAGAACUUCCAAAACCGUAUAGAAAUUUAUUCAUGUAUGUUGCUACAGCGGCAAGAAUGUUACUUGCCCAAAAAUGGAAAGAAGAAGGAAGUUGCAGGAAAAGAAGAAUAGAUACAAAAACCUGUGAAAUAUACAGAAAUGGCGAAAAAAAUAAGAAACCAACAUAACAAACUUGUAAUAAAAGGAUGGAAAUGGUUUAUUGAAUAUUUACAAAUGAACUGUAAACAGAUAAGAAUUUUGGCAGGAUUAUUGUAAUAACGUGCAGUUUUAUAAAAAUAUGUAUUAUAAGAGUAUGUAUUUAAAGUAGAUGAAUAAAUGAGCAAAUUAAGUUAAUUUGGAUAUGCAGAAAAUAUGAAGAAUAAAUUUAAGGAGCUGCAGAAAGAGGGGGAAGGAAGUCAAGUUUUGAAAUGUAAAAAAAAUGAUUAUAAAAUUAUUGAAAUGUAUAAAAUGGAAAAUCAGAAAAGGAGACUAAAAGUAGAAAACAUCAGCAUGCAUUAUGAAUGACCAGUCCCUAUCAGAAACCAUGUGGCUGGGUUUUGGACUAAGAUUACUGAUCAUUUGUUAAAUAAAGGGCAUUUGAUCAGUUUUUGAGGAACUCCAGAAAUCUCUCCUACAGUUUGAAAACCUUGGAGUGCAUAUUUGUUGUAUUUUUAGCUGAUAUUUAACCAAAAAACCCUGCAUGUCUUUCCCAACUCCUGUCCCCUUUCCUAUGUAUUCUUCCUUUAGAAAUAAACCCAGAGUGGUUUUGAGCACCCUAGAAGAAUCUCUCUUGUUAAGACUGUUGCCAACAUCAGGCUUCAGAGGACCAUGAGCGGAGGAGGCUGCAUCUCGGGGAGGAAAUCACAUGAGGUCUUGAGUUCAGUUCUUGGCAUCCAGGGUUAAAGAGUCCAGGGGGCAGAUAUUGGAAAGACCCCAGCUUGAGAGCAUUGCAGAGUCUCUGCCAGUCAUUGGGGACAGUAGUAGGUUAAAUGGAUCAAACAUUGUAGUUGUUGUUUUAAAACCACCUGCCCCAUGAAACUAGAACAAUGGGGGUACUCCAUGCUUUGGCGGUUGUGGGUUAAAUCAAAAUAAAAUGAGUGCUAUUUCUAUUAAUUAUGCAAAUGAAGCAUGUUUGCCCUUUGAGGCUUGCAGAAGAAUAAUUACUCAGGAUAAGGAAUUACACACAAAGAGUUAUGUGUGACACUGAAGAACCACCACCAUAUCAUCUCCUCCUGCCCACCUCCAAAAAAAUCCCAGAUCUGUUUUCUGAAAUAUCACCAGGAUAUCAGCACACAUUGAAACCUUUUAUUUCCAGUAUACCUGAAGGAGGGUUUCCACCCCCAUCGUUCUGCGCGGAUGCUGAGGUCCAGCGCCGAGGGCCUUCUGGCGGUUCCCUCAUUGCGAGAAGCAAAGCUACAGGGAACCAGGCAGAGGGCCUUCUCAGUAGUGGCACCCACCCUGUGGAAUGCCCUUCCAUCAGAUGUCAAAGAAACAAACAACUAUUUGACAUUUAGAAGACAUCUGAAGGCAGCCCUGUUCAGGGAAGUUUUUAAUGUGUGACAUUUUAAUGUCUUUUUAAUCUUUGUUGGAAGCCGCCCAGAGUGGCUGGGGAAACCUAACCAGAUGGGCGGGUUACAAAUAAUAAAUUAUUAUUAUUAUUAUUAUUAUUAUUAUUAUUAUUAUUUAUUAUUUCAUAGCUUUUGGUACUGAAAGCCUUAAAGCUGAGAUUUUCAAGAUGCCGAUGCUUUAUUUUAUUUACCAAGAGGUUUAAAACAAAACAAAACAAAACAAAACAGGAUGUGUUGCAUAGUACCAUCAAAUUAAAACCCACAUUACACCUCUCUUAAAAUGAGUGGUCAAAGUUAACCGGAGUGCAGCAAUUAAUAAAAUGCAGAUUGAAAGGAAAACUUCUAAAAGUUUCCCCUUGAAAACUGAGGCUGCUGGGACCGUUCACAUUUCCUGGGGGAAGGAAUGUCGCAACUGCAAGGCCACGUCCCCCUUUUGCAUGACCAGAUUCUGCGUUUGCAGGGAGGUCAUCAAAGCGCUUGUGUUGUCACUCCCUAAAGCUCUGCUCCUUCCUAGGAAACCAUUAGACUACUAAACCUUGGUGUCUUCAGUUCCCACAGCCAAUUGCCACCCCCCCCCCCAAUACCGCUCAGCAGAGCUCUUGUUUCAUUGUUCUAGAAAUUAUACAUCACAGACAUGAUUUGGCCACGGCUGUCAAACAAAAAAAACCUCUGCCCAGUAGUGACGCUUCCCUAAAGCUUGCUAUUCUCCUCUUAAGCUUGAUCUGAUUUUGCGUAUGCAUCAGUUAUAAAAUGUGCCAAUUUAUGGACAUUUACUUAGUGCGUGCCAUCUCCCGUUCCUGGCCUGCUUCCACCCCACACAAAUUUAUUUUGCUUGGCUUAGAACGGUCACUGAAGAAUUAUGCCGUUAACGAGCAAAACAAUUUUCAAAUGCCUACUUUUUUCCCCUUCGUAGUUCUGGUUUGUCCACAGAGAAAUUGAACUUAAUCUGAUUCUAAAUGAGGGUUGGGUUUCUCCUUGGGAAAAAUAUAGGCCUGUAAAAGUGACGGAUUAUAGAGAGGAAGUGUUGGAUUUUCCAGACAUGAAAUUAUCAGAAUUGUCACUUUGUUUAUGACAUCUUAAAAAUGAAGCAACACGAUCCUCAGUGAAAUUUAUCCUUUUUGAAAUUGACAGGAAGCCCUCAGUAACACUGUCUCUGGAUUCUUAACCAACCUUCCACACCCAGUAACAGCAUAAUAAUUUGCCAAUAUUUCUUUUAAAACAGUAUAAAUAUUCUGCCCUCACAGUCUGAUUUGAGUAGAAAUGCAGCGAAAAAGAAAUAUGUGCACCUUUGUGUAAAAAACUGCGUGGAUUUUGAUGUGGGGGUACAGAUCAAUGCAUUAUGAAAUGAUUUGCUUAGAAAUUGCAACUUUUUGUUAUUUACUUUUAAAUGAGGACCAGGUGAGUUUUAUUCAAGGAAGCAGGCUGACAAAUAACACAAGGCGGCUGAUAAAUGCCUUGCAUUACAACUUUCUAUUUGGUACUCGUUCAGCUUAGUUGUCUCAAGGCAUCCUUAAUAAUUUCCUCUCGCCCUCUCAUCUUUGGCAGUUUGCAUACUUAUUUAUUUUGUGUGUGUGUGUGCUCGCUAAUGCACACAAGGACUAGAGUGAAUAAAAGAAUGGUGACCCUCUUCCUCUCUGUCAGGGAACAGAGAGCACAGCAAACAUGCCAGCUUCCCAAAUGUCUCAAACGUGCAAGUUUUAAAUACAUUUAAAAACCGCAAAGCAAAAUGCAUUGUGGGGAAUCUUUUUUUUUUUUUUUUUAAGAUUUCAAAGCAGCUUGGAUAUAGGUACAUCGUGCGCAGAAGUGGAGGGAAAUUGUGUCUCUGGGGUCUUUUUCUCCUGAAGAAGAGUUGCAAUAAUUUAGCUACAGGAUUUUAAAUGGCUUAAUGUUUCCUCCUGGCUUCGUGUCAAAUUGCAUCUUCAGUUGGGAGUAGAGGAGGAAUAUUUGUAUGUUGUGAGCCACCCUGAGAUCUACGAAGGGUUGUAUAUAAAUUUUAAUAAUAAUAAUAAUAAUAAUAAUGGCAUAGAAAAAUGGACUUUAAAGUUAAUGGACUAUUCAGGGCUGGUGAAACUAACAGAAAAUUAAGAAACCAACAGGACAGACUAUUUAUGAGGGAAUGGAAGCCCUUUUUGGGAUACCUGGAAAAAAAUAUCAGAUGAAAUCGCGAGCAGGAUUUGAAAUGGGAGGAGCGGAAGGAAAACGAUAAUAUUUGAAAUAAAAAUAUGUCUUGGGUGAAAUGUUUAUUAGAAUGCCAUUUGUGAAUGGGAUGGGGUUAAGAACAGCAUGGAGGGGAAGGCAAGAAGUUAAAAGUUCAAAGACAUUUGAAAGUUGGAAUUCAUAUGUAAGGAUUUUAAACUUUAAUAAAAAACUGAAACACGCACACACGUGCGUAGGUGGGGGAAGAACUGGAUCAUUAUAAUUCUGACAACUUUCAUCCAGAGGAUUUAGCUGUCGUUCCUCUGGGAAAAGACAAAACAGGUACCAGAGCAGCAUUUUUGGAGAAAGCGGAGUGAGAGUGAUGAAGGAAGCAACAUAAUUGGUUUGUGGGGCAGGAAAAGCUCUCUCUCUCUCUCUCUCUGUGUGUGUGUGUGUGUGUGUGUGUGUAGGGAGGAGUGCUGCCUGAACUCGCAUGGAAAUAUUUUGCCCUACUGUCUUUUAAUUACGGCGACUCCAGCUCGAGAAACGACAACAGUAUGGCAAGUGUUAAAAGACGAGGCCGGCUGGCUUUUAUACAAGACCCGCCGAGCCUUUGGCUUUCGGACGCAGCAGAGGCUGGCGUAGGAUGCAAACGACCCCCAGGGGGAUAAAAUGGCAUCCAGCUAGAUGGAAGGGCCUUUCAUAAUCCGAUAGUCUAGCAGCAGUUAAUAUAGAGAGAACAUGUUAAGAAUUUAUGUGCUUUCAUCAUAUCAGAGAGAGGUGCGGGAGAGAGAAGAGGGGGAUAACAGGGACGGUGGUCUCAUAGAACUGGCCUUCCAAGAAGUCACCUCUUAUAAUUAAAAAGAGUGCUGAGGGGGUCUCUGUUGGAAUUCCUGUAAUGAAAGUUCAUAAUACAGAACCUGUUGGGUUAACGGCCACAUCCUCCGAGGGUCGUCAUCAGUCUCUGGUACUUUCCUGCCUCCCUCGCUAAACACGAGCUCUCCUGUUCUUAGAGCAGGAUGCAAAUAGAGAGGUCGGGAAAACAUUGCACCGUCAAAAUAACCAAAACUGAAACUUGCACUGAAAUUCAGUGCAAAUGCACAAUUCUUAAUAACGGAUUUUGUCAAAGCAUUUGUGGCUAGUUUUCUCUCCCCUAGCUUCAACCCUCCCUCUUUCUAUUAUAUGGAUGCUUCCAGACUGUUGGCUGUUUUUAGCUGGGAUUAAGUUGCAUCCUGGCAAAUUCAGCUUUCACAAUUGUAGUUCAUUGAAAGGUCUUGCACAACAAACCACCUUUUCACCUCCCCAAAGAUUGGACCUUUUGCAAGAAUGCACCGAGAAGCAAAACUUGCUUGGAUGCAACAUCACUUUACCGCCCCUUGAAGAAAUUGGGAUGAAUUUUUGUAAAAUAGCCAGUCAUCUAUUCUCCCUGGGUGAACGUUCAACAAACAGCAUGCCUGAGUGUGCCCUAAAUCCAAGAGAAAGCUUCAGAUAUGCAGAAUUCUCCUUUUGCUCCCGCAAUCUUUGUUUGAGAAUGAAGCUUAAAACGGCCAUGGAUGUCGGAGAUCUCGGGAUUAUAAUGUGUGCCUGACUCUUUUCUUCCGUGCACAUGACCUCUGCCCUUGGGAAUAACCGUUCUGUCGUGCGAUUUUCAGCUAUCUGCCUGCAAAUACGUGUUUUGGGUUUAAUGUUGCUAGGAGAAAAGAGAGAGGGUGUGUGUGUGUGUGUGUGUGUGUGUGUGUGUGUUGCAUGCAUAUGUUUAAUUCAACUUGCCGCUUAGGCCAGCCGCAGUUGACUGUGCCCCUUCAAACUGUUUGCGUCCGAGGCUUUGGAAACAAAAGCCAAGUUUGAAUUUUGACAAGCAGUUUCGCUCAGAGAGCCAAGUGGGCUUUAUGAUUUCAGCCGAUGCGAGGGAACUUCCCUGCGCAUCUUUGCCAGAGUUCGUCUGCCCACUAGAGCGCACUGUUGCCUUGCCUUCCACCGGCAGACGCCUCUUGCGCGCUGGAGCAGGGAAGGCCAUCUCUGUUUAGUCUGCUCUCGAAGGGUCUCCACAUGACCAGUGUGGACCCCAUGGACUUCCCGAAACAUGUGUUAGCAAUUUAGCAGCAGACAUUUAUUUCUUUGUUUUACUGCCUGGCUCUUGCAGAAAGUGUCGGUGCUGGGUUAUGGGCUGUCUGGAGCAUGUCAGAGGCCACGGGGAUCAAGUUCAUGUGACAGGCCAAGCUAAAGGGAAGGAUGGAGUCUGAGGAGGUGAGGAAACUGACCCUCUCUCUCUCUCCUCUCUCAGCAGCAACAAAUCCUGGCCUGUCUGUGGGCCGCAGCCAAAAUUUGGGGCCGUUUGGAGUUCGUGGGGCAGCUGAACAAACAGAACGCGAUUCUGCCUGUUGCUCUGCUGCAUCGAACUGCAGAUUCAAGUUACUGCCGUUUCCAUUUCUCCCUUUCCCUCCCUCACAAAAAAGGGGGACCAACUGAACAUCACCCCCAUCUCUUUCCAUCCCCACCUUUCAAAAGUGCUCUUUUACAUUCCUUCUCUCCCUCCCUUUCUCUCUCCUUUUAGCUCCAUCCAGACGAGGAGACCUUGAAAUUCUCGGCUUCUGCAUGCUCCAGUGGAUGUGUGGGAAUCUGCCCUGGGAUCAGAAUUUGAGGAACCCCGAUGCCGUCCGGGAUGCAAAAGCAAAGUAAAAACAAAAACAGAAGCAUGAUUUAUUUAAUACGUAUUUUGGGGUAUUCUCACCUCCCUCCAAAGCUCAGGGCAGGAUAUGAUGGUGAAACAGUUACAUCUGUAAAAUGGGGAGGGAAGGAUCGCAGGGGCGUUUGCUUUGUGUGCAGAAGGUUCUGGGUUCGAACGCUGGCAUCUCCAGGUAAGGGAACGUCCUCUGUCUGAAACCCUGGAGGAGAGCUGUUGCCAUUCAGUGCCGACAACAUUGAGGUACCUGCUCCAGUGUUCCUAACUGAAAGAGAUAGGUAUUUCCUUCAACAAUUCCACAAGUCUUAAUCUCAGGGUUGCGGGUUCAAAACCCACAUUGGGCAAAAAGAUUCUGGCAUUGCAGGGGGUUGGACUGGAUGACCCUUGCGGUCCCUUUCCAACUCUACAAUUCUGCAAAAUAGCUCUCAAAUAGUCAGGAAACCAGAGAACAGUGCUGGCCACAAGGGUGGGUGUGCAUUUCUGGAGAGCGGGGUGAGCACUCUCCCAUUGCUAGAUUUCCAGAAGACAGAUAUUAGUGCACUUCAUGUUAACAAACGCACCCUCCCCACAUUGCUAAACAUGCAUUAUCUGGAGUAACUCUUAAUGUGAUUUUGACUAAUUUAACUUUCAAGGAACCAUGCUUAGGACUGCAACCUCAUUUAAUUUGAGAGCCAGUAUGGUGUAGUGGUUAAGAGCAGUAGUCUCAUAAUCUGGGGAACCGGGUUCGCGUCUCCGCUCCUCCACAUGCAGCUGCUGGGUGACCUUGGGCCAGUCACACUUCUUUGAAGUCUCUCAGCCCCACUCACCUCACAGAGUGUUUGUUGUGGGGGAGGAAGGGAAAGGAGAAUGUUAGCUGCUUUGAGACUCCUUAAAGGGAGUCAAAGACGGGAUAUCAAAUCCAAACUACUACUCUUCUUCUUCUUCUUCUUCUUCUUCUUCUUCUUCUUAAUUUCCAGUGUAUGAUUCAGUAUAUGAAAAGUGCCUUUUCUUUACAUAACCACAGAGGUCUAGGAAUGGGGAGCAGCUGCGGGGGGUGGGGUCGGGGUUAAGGUAUAUUCCUUAUUGCAGGGUGGGGAGGGUCACCCCUCUCUUGCAUUGUCUAUUCCAUUGGACAGCUGACAGUCUAAAUGAGUUUAUGAUCAGAGCUGCCAUUGCAUGAGCCCUUUGUAGUCUUCGUAGAGAAAGGACACAAAUCACCUGUAGUUGUUGCUCCACAGAUAUGGGCCAGUCUGUCCUGAGUCUUGCUCUGGCUAGCAGGCAGAUGACAGUGAUUUGUUAUCAAUUAUUGGGGAGGAAUCCGUAACUCGGCAUGCAUGAGGUUGCAGGUUCAGUUUCCAGCAGCUCCCUGAUAUGCCCUUCCCACAACAACAUGCAAAUUGAAACAAAGGCAUCCCAUUCUGGAUCAGUCCCAUCUAGUCCAGCAUCCUCUUCUCAAAGUGGCCAAACAGAUAUUUCAGUGGGAAGCCUGUUAUCAUGAUCUGAACGCAACUGUGCCCCUCCCUACUUGUAAUAUUGCUUUCAAAAAACAAUUGGUCUUAUUUUCUAUGUCUUUACUGAUCCUUGUUUAUAUUUGUGAGACAUCUUUUGAGUCCCAUCAGGGAAAAAGGUGGGGUAUAAAUACGUAAUAAGAAUAAAAAUCUGGUUGGCCACUGUGAGAAUAGGAUCCUGGACUAGUUGCUAACGUUCUUAAUUUCCAGCAAUGCCCUUGCAAAAAUGUGUACGUUAGGCAAAAUUGCAUUCAGAACGAAAGGGGAACCUAUGGGCACAUGUGGUGCUCUUACAAACUUGUGUGCAAAUUUUGGGAAGGCGUCAUGAAGGAAAUUUCUGAAAUAAUAGGCGCACUGGUGCCUUUAAACCCCAAAUUGCUUUUUAAAAACCCAACUUUGAUGAGUCAAAUAUGGAUUUAAUUAUGUAAACCACUUAUAAUCGUUGCUAUUAGUAGCUGCUCGCUUGACUAUAUCACAGGGCUGGAAGGAUUUCUCGGAGCUUUUAUUUUUAUUUAUUUUUUACUUUAUUGAACCAAAUAUUUAAUGUUUAUUCUCAUUACUGAAAGAUUGACUUAUAAAUUAAGAGUAUCUUGAGGUGCAGCUAAAGCUACGGAUUUUGCCUCUGUUUGGUAGCCAUUUCUAACUUAUAUGACAGGCCAGUCAUGGGGAUGGCAAGUUCCAAUGAAAUAUGACCCUUUUUUGAUAUUCAUAACAUUUGCUUUGUAUUUUUCUUUAUCAGGUUGGUUUCUGUCGUAACAUCUAAAUCACUGUAGUCUCUUGGGAAUGUUCCUUGUUUUAUGAAGUAUUAACUCUGUACCCUGGUGUGUGUGUGUAUGUUGUACUGUUUAUCUUACUCUUUUUAUUUAUUUAUGUUAUUUCAUAAUUCUUACCAGGUUGCUAUUUUAACUAUUAUGAAGUUAAAAUAGCUGUAAAAAGUCUUGAUUUUUUUUAAAUCAAGCAGCCUGGGAGUCAUUUUGGACUCACAGCUGUCCAUGGAGGCACAGGUCAAAUCUGUGUCCAGGGCAGCUGUUUACCAGCUCCAUCUGGUACAUAGGCUGAGACCCUAUCUGCCUGCGGACUGUCUCGCCAGAGUGGUGCAUGCUCUGGUUAUCUCCCGCUUGGACUACUGCAAUGCACUCUACGUGGGGCUACCUUUGAAGGUGACUCAGAAACUACAACUAAUCCAGAAUGCGGCAGCUAGACUGGUGACUGGGGGCGGCCGCCGAGACCAUAUAACACCGGUCUUGAAAGACCUACAUUGGCUCCCAGUACGUUUCCGAGCACAAUUCAAAGUGUUGGUGCUGACCUUUAAAGCCCUAAACGGCCUCAGUCCAGUAUACCUGAAGGAGCGUCUCCACCCCCAUCGUUCUGCCUGGACACUGAGGUCCAGCGCUGAGGGCCUUCUGGCGGUUCCCUCAUUGCGAGAAGCAAAGCUACAGGGAACCAGGCAGAGGGCCUUCUCGGUAGUGGCGCCCACCCUGUGGAACGCCCUUCCAGCAGAUGUCAAAGCGAUAAACAACUACCUGACAUUCAGAAGACAUCUUAAGGCAGCCCUGUUCAGGGAAGUUUUUAACGUGUGAUAUUUUACUGUAUUUUUGGUUUCUAUGGAAGCCGCCCAGAGUGGCUGGGGAGGCCCAGCCAGAUGGGCGGGGUAUAAAUGAUAAAUUAUUAUUAUUAUUAUUAUUAUUAUUAUUAUUAUUAUUAUUAGUGCAUAUUGGGAGAAAUGCUGCCAAAUUUUGGCUAGGACUAUUUUUAAUAAUAAUAAUAAUUCAGAAAUGUCAGAAACUUGAAUUUAAAAUUGGGGAAAAAACCCCGAGGAACUGAAACUGACAAAUUUGUCAGUCUCUUCCAGCUUGUUUUUAAAAAAUGCUUUUUAAAUGCUUGUUUUUAAAAAUGUAAAAAUCUGGUGCAAGGUUAGAGGUGGAGAACUAGCACCAUUGAAUUAUGCAGUGCAAGGCUGGGCUCUGCCCAUGGUUGAUUUCUACAUCUGCCCUCACAUUUGGCAUUUGCUGAAUUGACAUCAUUCUUCCUGAGAGUCUUUCUUUCAGACCGAAUUUGAUCGAGCUGUACAAAUUGCCUAUACAGUGGUAUCUCGGGUUAAGUACUUAAUUCGUUCUGAAGGUCCGUUCUUAACCUGAAACUGUUCUUAAACUGAGGUACCACUUUAGCUGCCACCGUUCCACCUCCUCAAAAUUUCUGUUCUCAUCCUGAAGCAAAGUUCUUAACCCGAGGUACUGUUUCUGGGUUAGCGGAGUCUGUAACCUGAAGUGUAUGUAACCUGAAGCGUAUGUAAUAACCCGAGGUACCACUGUACAGUGGUACCUCUGGUUGUGAACGGGAUCCAUUCCGGAGCCCCGUUCGCAACCUGAGCAGAAUGCAACCCACGUCUGUGCAUCUGCGCGUGUGCGGGUCGCGAUUUGCUGCUUCUGCACAUGCACGUGACGUCAUUUUGAGUGUCUGCACAUGCAUGAAUGGCGAAACCCGGAAGAAACCCUUUCCGGUACUUCCGGGUCGCCACGGGACGCAACCAGAAAAGAUUUAACCUGAAGCGUCUUUAACCCAAGGCAUGACAAGGACGCGGGUGGUGCUGUGGGUUAAACCACGGAGCCUAGGACUUGCUGAUCAGAAGGUUGGCGGUUCGAAUCCCCACGACGGGGUGAGCUCCUGUUGCUCUGUCCCUGCUCCUGCCAACCUAGCAGUUCGAAAGCACGUCAAAGUGCAAGUAGAUAAAUAGGUACCACUCUGGCGGGAAGCGACCCCAGAGUCGGCCACGACUGGACCUAAUGGUCAGGGGUCCCUUUACCUUUACCUACGACUGUAUAAACCCCACUGUUUUCUCCAGCCAUGGCUGGCUGGCUGGGUCGCAUGUUGCUUUCACAACAGCCCUGCAAAGAUAAACAGGCUGUUUAUGUCCCAGUGUAAUCUAAGCCAGCUGUUUAUAGCUGAAUGAGGAUUCGAACCCAGGUUUGCCUAGUCCCAACAUGCUGUGCAGUGUAUCACAGUGGCAUGCCAGCUUGAUUUGAUGAAAUUUGAUCCAGCCUGCUCAAUUCUGCCUUUUUUUCUUUUUUCUUUGGUGUGGGGUUUUGGCUACUUUGCUGCCAAAAGUCGGGUUUAUUUUUAAGCGUGAAAUUACAUACAGCCCUGCGUAUGAUCUUUAAGGAAGCGGAACUGGGCAAAGCAAAGAGAAAUCUCUGUGAAAUUUGCCUCUUUCUCUCUGUGUCUCUCAUAUUUCCUAUAUGGCUAUGAUUUCAUCCUGUAUAUGUACCAACCCAGGACAUUUUAAUGGUUAAGAAUCAAGGGGAUCUUGUUGCCUAAACGCAAUGUUUAAAAUCUGUCCGUAAACUAAACUUUGGAACAAAGUAUUAUCUACCCUCCACCACCACGCAAAUCACGCUAAAAGUCAUCGUGGCUGAACAGCCCCUCUGGAAAGCAGAAGAAAGGUAGCUCACUUGUUCCAUUGGCUCAAAGGGCAUAGCUAGGUAGUUAUAAAAAUACGUACUGCUGUUCGUAGAAAAAUCUCCAAGCAGUUUGCAACAAAUUAUGCAUAAAACCGCACAGUAAAACCAUAUAAAAAGUUAGAAAUCAGCUAACUGUUGCAGAAAGGUGUGUUCCUAAUUGCCCACAGAAGCCUGGCAGAAUAGAAAAGUUUCCAGCAAGCAUUUAAAAGCAGAGACGGAAAGUGGCUAUUGAAUCACUGUUGGCAGAGCAUCCCAUAAUUCUGGGUCAAUAACUGGGGGGGGGGGUUAGUUUCUUAUUGUCAAAGGAACCAAGCCAACCUGGGGAACGGCCAACGACACUCCUGCAGAUGAUCCCAGGGAUCAAACUCGGAUAUAAAGGCCAUGAAUAUCUCUGCAGCUUGAUCAGGACCAAGGACUAGCAGUUAAAUUGCACGAAAUUAAGGAAGAUCAAACCUAUCCAUUCUGAAGGAAAUCAGCCCUGAGUGCUGACUGGAAGGACAGAUGGUGAAGCUGAGGCUCCAAUACUUUGGCCACCUCAUGAGAAGAGAAGACUCCCUGGAAAAGACCCUGAUGUUGGGAAAGAUGGAGGGCACAAGGAGAAGGGGACGACAGAGGACGAGAUGGUUGGACAGUGUUCUCGAAGCUACCAGCAUGAGUGUUGCUGAACUACAGCUCCCAGCAUCCCUUGUGCCGUCUGAGGCUCAUGGGAGUUGGAGUCCCAACAAUGUCCAGAGAGCCACAGCCUACCCACACAAAUGUAUGCUUAGUUUGGUAACUUUCCUGCAGUCAUUUAAUGUUCUAAAUCAUGGAUAGGCAAACUAAAGCCUGGGGGGCGGAUUCGGCCCAAUCGCCUUCUAAAUCCGGCCUGCGGACGAUCUGGGAAUCAGCGUGUUUUUACAUGAGCAGAAUGUGCCCUUUUAUUUAAAAUGGAUCUCUGGGUUAUUUGUGGGGCCUGCCUGGUGUUUUUACAUGAGUAGAAUGUGUGCUUUUAUUAAAAUGCAUCUCUGGGUUGUUUGUGGGGCAUCGGAAUUCGUUCAUUAUUAUUUUUUUCAAAAUAUAGUCCGGCCCCCCACAAGGUCUGAGGGACAGUGGACCAGCCCCCUGCUGAAAAAGUUUGCUGACCCCUGCUCUAAAGUGUGUGCCACCACCCCCACCCGCAUUUAAGCAGUGUCAGAAUUGCAGUUGGCUAGCCACAGUUCAUGAUUUCCAAAUAAUAAAAUAAAGCAUAGCUCUCUUUGCCUAGAUGGAGGCAGUAUUUUGGUACAGCUGCCUCUUACAUUGCUAAGCUCAAUGACAAGGGAAUGCCAGGCAGUUCCACUUAAGUCGCCUCUUCCGUCACAGUGACUUGAGUUUGCUGACCCCUGUUCUAAAUGCUGUUGCUUCCUCCUGCCCCCUGUAAGAAUUAUAGAGUUGGAUUCGAGUCCUACCCUCCAGAGCAGGAGAAAACAAGCUUGUUCCUUCUUCCAUGUGACAGUGCUUUGGAUAUUGGAAGGAGAUUUUAUUGGGUGUUUCCUCCCCUCAUCUCUUUUGGGAAAGCAUUUCAUGAAUGUAAGGAGGGGGGAAAAACACAAACAUUUAGCAUUUCCCUUUUCCCCCUCGCCCUUUUCCCCCUCCACCCAGCAUGCGUACUGUAAUUAGCCCUGGUUAAAUGCACUGCCUGUUGUCGCUCUUUUGCUCUUACUGGUGGGACUUGAGGAAGCUAAUUGCUUGUGGCCCCGCAUAGCCGGUCGCUGGAACACCGGCAACGCUGCGAUGGAGGUGCUGCGAGUGGUGGAGGCAGCAAACUUUUAAGUAGGGCAAGUCACAACAGAGGUACACAAUGGGGAGAGCUGAUCUGCAGAAAUCAAUCUGUGCAUUCAGUUUGGCACUGGCUCUCUGCAGAGAGAGGGGGUGGGGGAGAGCGGGGUGAGCCUGCAGGCUACAGAUAAUACAGAUUGCAUCUGUAAAUGUUGACUUUGUACAGUAUUGUUUAAUAUAUAUAUUAUUUCCCACCCACCCUCCUUUAGAACUUCUGAUCAUUAGAGUCCCUCACAGACCACCCCUAGCGCCAUUCAGCGCCAUCCAAUCAAUGUAAUCCAUCAAGCUUCUUUAUUAAUUCUCCAGCCAAGGAUUAACCCCUUAGAGGGAUGAUACUUCCUUUCCCCCCCUCCCCAAGACUCCAAACUAAAUCCAUAUACACUAUUGUGUGUGCGUGUUGCACCUCUUUUAAUUUUUAAGAAUGGGGUGGCUGAAGGAAGGGUUGCAGCUCAGUGGCAGAGCACAAGAUUUUAUCAAUAGUGAAUCAUAGAGUUGGAAGGGACCCUCAGGAUCAGCUAGUCCAACCCCCUGCAGUGCAGGAAUAUGCAGCUGAUCGAACCUGCAACCUUGGCGUUAUCAGCAUCACGCUCUAACCAACUGAGCUAUCCCCAUGAGCAAUGAUGGCAUUAUAGAAUUUCAGGUAACCGGACUGGGAAGAUCCUCUGUCAAAGACAGGGGUAGCAAAUGCUGUGUCUUAAGCAUAUGCCCCAAAGUUUUUAGGAAAGGUUUCCCAGAGUUGUCGGGCUCCUGAGGUGGGCAACCAACGCAAGCAGCAGAGGAGCCCAGCGAAACAAACCAGCCCAAAGCGUCGGCGUCUGAGCAAAGCUGGGCGCCUCGUGGUGUAAGCUGCAUAAUAAUAAUAAUAAUUUAUCAUUUGUACCCUGCCCAUCUGGCUGGGUUUCCCCAGCCACUUUGGACGGCUUCCAACAAAGAUUAAAAAUACAUAAAAAUGUCACACAUUAAAAACUUCCCUGAACAGGGCUGCCUUCAGAUGUCUUCUAAAUGUCAGGUAGUUGUUUAUCUCUUUGACAUCUGAUGGGAGGGCGUUCCACAGGGCAGGUGCCACUACCGAGAAGGCCCUCUGCCUGGUUCCCUGUAGCUUAGCUUCUUGCAGUGAGGGAACCACCAAAAGGCCCUCGGCGCUGGACCUCAGCGUCCAAGCAGAACGAUGGGGGUGGAGACGCUCCUUCAGGUAUGCUGGGCCGAGGCCACUUAGGGCUUUAAAGGUCAACACCAACACUUUGCAUUGUGCUCAGAAAUGUACUGUGUGGGCCUCCCCACAGGCGGGCCUCUCCAUGGCCCUACGCCAAUCCCAGGUGCGCAGGAGGGCAGAGGCGGCUGGCCGCCUCAGCGCCUCGCUAGCUCACUUGCCCCCAAACUCGUGGCGCAGAGCCAGCCGCAGCAGAAGAGUCCGCCACGGCACUCUGACCAAUGGGCUGCCUCUUCCCCAGACUCAACUCUCAGGCCCUGGACUCUCAGCCUGGUGCCCCUGAGAGUCCGGCGCCCGGGUGCCCCACACCCUGCCUCCAGGUGUUGCCGAUCUCCUAAGAAGAAGAAGGGUUUGGAUUUGAUAUCCCGCUUUAUCACUACCCGAAGGAGUCUCAAAUCGGCUAACAUUCUCCUUUCCCUUCCUCCCCCACAACAAACACUCUGUGAAGUGAGUGGGGCUGAGAGUCUUCAGAGAAGUGUGACUGGCCCAAGGUCACCCAGCAGCUGCAUGUGGAGGAGCGGGGAAGCGAACCCGGUUCACCAGAUUAUGAGUACACCUCUCUUAACCACUACACCACACUGGCUCCUAACUCCCAUCAGCCCCAACCAGCUUGCCCAGUGGUCAAGGAUGAUGGGAACUGGAGGGCACCACAUUCUUAACCCCCGGUUUGGCCAAACACUGCUCAUCAGUCAACAGGACUAAGCUGAAAUCCCCCUCUGGGCAGCAUCAGUGUGAGGGAGUGUCGUGUACGUUGGCUGACCUCACUAGUGAAACACACUUCCUAUGUUGCUGCUUGAGUUGAAUAUCAUCGUGGCUCUUUAGGUGCUGAUGUGCACAGCUUUGUAUUUUGUGACAAGGGGCUAAACUUUAAAGGAGAGCAUGUGCUCUUGCUUUUCGUGAAGCAUCCUGGAUUUGGUUAUCAUUUUUUCCAAUCUAAAGCAGUGCUUCCAAACCCGUUUAGUAUGGUGUGGAGCAAACAGAUAGAGGUUUAUUUCUCCCACUCUUACAAUCUGGGGAAAAAAACACAUCCUAUGCAAAUUAGGACCAUUUGAAUAACACAAUUUGCCUCUGAGAUUUUUAAGUUUACAUCGGAACAUCUUCUGAUGCCCUAGAGGGUGAUCUAAUUUACCAUGUUUCUUUUACUUGCAUUUAGUAAGCAAACUGCCAGGCUUGUCUAAUGCAGUAUUUGAUAUUGGCCUCCGUUCGUUGUUACAAAUGAAUUUACGAAACAGGAGAAAAACUGGAAAAGAAAGAUCUGGGGAAAUCUCCAUGCAGGCUUGCUUAGUCCACAUCACUCCUCAUGUUUCUAGAACCCAGGGCCAUCUGAUUACGCUAAAUUCAGGACAAAGGAAGUUCUGUUCCACACAGCACAUAGUUAAAUUGGAAUUGACUGCCACAAAAUACAGUAAUGUCCACUAACUUGGAGGAUGAAGCUGUCAAAGGCUUCUGGCUGCAGUGGUUGUGUUCUACCUCCACCGAAUGCUUCUUGCUUGAAAUUGGGAGACUUAUUUUGUGCUCAGCUCCUGCUUCCAGACUUUCCAUAGGUGUCUCGUUGGCUGCUGUGAGAACAGAAUGGUCGAAGGUCCUUUGCUCUGAUCCAGCAAAGAUCUUUUUUUUAUGUUCGGUUUCAGUUCAGUACAGCGAUAAGAAAAAGCUCUGCAGAGCCUCAUCAACCAUUUUGUCCAAGGCUGCAUGGAGUUUGGUCUCAGCCUUACAAAGACCCAACGUCCUGGGUCAGAACAUCACCUGCACUCCACGCAUCAGCAUUAGUGACCACACACUUAAGGUGGGAGACGAUUUUGCCUGCCUGGGUUCCACCAUCACCAGCAAUGUCUCCAUUGAUGUAGUUCUGGACAAGCAUAUUGGCAAAGAAGCUGCGGCAAUGGCUUGCCUCUCCAAAAGGGCAUGGGAGAAUGUGAUGCUCACCACCAAUGACAUAAAUUUCUGCUGGAAGCCGCCCAGAGUGGCUGGGGAAAAACCAGCCAGAUGAGCUGGGCAUUAUUAUUAUUAUUAUUAUUAUUAUUAUUAUUUUGUUUAGGUAACUCUGAUCGCAUAAUUCCCAAGAUAAAAGCUUCAGCUUCAGCUUCUUUUUCUUCUUCUUUACAAAUGCUAACUUCUUUUUCAGUUCAUUAUAUAUCAUUUCCCAGUAGUCUUUAACCUUAUUACAAGACCACUACAUAUGGAAAAAGGUACCUUCUUUCCCUUUGCAUUUCCAGCACAUAAUUCAAUUUUGAUUUAUAUGUUUGCCAAUCUACUUGGUGCUUGAUACCAUCUGUAUAACAUUCCCCUAUAGUUUUCUCUUAAAUCAUAACAUGCUGCAGGUUUUAUGUCUGUGUUCCACAGUCUUUCCCAUGCCUCCAUCCAACACCUUGACUUUACCCCCAAAGGCACACUGUUCCAAUGUCUCCCAAGGCAGACUGAUGCCAACUGCAAAGCAUUUUGGUCAACCAAUGUUCCUAUCAUCCACACCACAUAUGGAAAGGCAUAAGACUCUUGUAUUUAUCACACUUUAGGACAGCCUUCCCCAACCUCGUGCCCUGCAGAUAUUUUGGACUACAGAUUCCGUCUGCCUCAACUGGCAUAGCCAUCAACAAACAAACAAACCUGAUCUGGUUUUCAUGCUUACUCAAAUCUGCUCUCACUAUAAUGUGUGAAAUCUGUCAUAGCCUUCUUGGCAAGCAGAUGGGAUAAUCUAGGGCUAGGCUCUUGCCUCUCGUUUCUGUUGCUCCCUCUUCUCUCUGUGCAGAAUCCGGACUAUACACUGGGAGUAGAAAGUCAGGACAGGGUUGGCUGCUGCACGAAUCCGUAAAGGUAAAGGGACCCCUGACCAUUAGGUCCAGUCGUGGCCGACUCUGGGGUUGCGGCGCUCAUCUUGUUUUAUUGGCUGAGGGAGCCAGCCUACAGCUUCCGGGUCAUGUGGCCAGCAUGACUAAGCCGCUUCUGGUGAACCAGAGCAGUACAUGGAAAUGCCAUUUACCUUCCCGCCGGAGCGGUACCUAUUUAUCUACUUGCACUUUUGACGUGCUUUUGAACUGCUAGGUUGGCAGGAGCAGGGACCGAACAAUGGGAGCUCACCCUGUCGCAUGGAUUCAAACCGCAACCUUCUGAUCGGCAAGUCCUAGGCUCUGUGGUUUAACCCACAGCGCCACCCACGUCCCUUGCACGAACCAAUAUCAAGUGCUAAAAUGUCCCUAUUCCCCUUUUUGCUCUCUGGCUGACUGAUAAGGCCAGUAAGGAAUGAAAGAUGAUUUAGGGAUUCUGAAAUUUCAGUAUUGUGUGUGUGUGUGUGUGUGUGCGCACACACACAUAGUGUCAACAAAAUAUACAUGAUGGAGCAUUGGCACCCCUGGUGAAUUGACAUUUCUGUAAACUUGUGCAGGAGUUUUUGAGUCCCUACGGAAUGUCUUACCAAAAAGUGAAGGCCGCUUGGACUUCCUAGCAAGAAAUGGAACCUGCUAUUGGUCCACCAUCUCUUUCUUUAAAGUUUUAUUUUUAAUCUUUUUUUUAUUAAAGUUCCAAAAAAAAUGGCUAUAUAGGUUUUUUUUAAGAAGCUAAAAUUAUCAUAUGAAAAUAGGAUGGGAAAAGUAAUUAUUUAAUGUACUCGUUUAGGCAAUUUAUAUGCCGCUUAAAAUCUCUUAAGUGGUUUAUGGGCAUUGUAAAGCUUUGCAAAUAAAGAUCAAAUUGCAGCAAGUGCAAUGAAAUGUUACAAAUAAAAAACAAGAUGCAGUAAACACAUUAUAAAAAAAAAAAUCCAGCGUUUAAAACAUUCCUUAGCAAUUAGGGGAGGUGGGAGGACUUUUCCUAUAUCGUUUCAAGGGCAGUGGUAGCUCUGAAAGCAUGCUUUAAACACACACCUGUGAGUUCCAGUCAAUUCCUCCCUCCUGGAGAUGUGUUUUUGUGCUUGUGUAUGUCCUUCAGAUGUUAAAAGACACUGUCAGGUUCUAACCCUAACCCUAACCCUAACCCUAACCCUAACUGCAAAAAAGGCAUGCACAACUCUCUUUAGAAGUCCAUUCGCUCACUGCCCAGGACAGCUUAAUUCGGUACUGCUUUAGAACUUCUUCUUCUUCUUCUUCUUCUUCUUCUUCUUCUUCUUCUUCUUCUUCUUCUUCUUCUUACCUUAUCCAUCUGUUGCCAUUUUGCGUUCAGAAUCUACUUUUGAGCAACAAGCACCAGCCUGGUGAACCGUGCUGAACUUUAGACGACCAUUAAUCUGUGGACUUGGGAGUAAAGAAAGCAAAUUUAUCUCAGGGUGGUGUGUGUUUGUGAAGGGAUUCCAUUACCCUGCAAAACAUUUGGCAAGAGCUCUGGAAAGCGAAGACAUUUCCUUGGCCGUAAUUCUGCUCAGGCUAUAGUGGUGCUUAUAGUCACACGAUGCAAAGGGGGUUAACACAGUGGGUAGACAGGUCUUCCAAAUUUCCAGGAGUCUCCAGCUUUCAAGAGGAGGCUGAUCUGCUUUGCCUCCCCAUCUCGUCCCUGACAACCUUUGGAUUUUGCAACCUUCUGAUCUAACAUUCUGUGCCUCCUCACUUUUUCAGGCUCCUGGACGAACUCCCUGAUUCAGUGACAAGAUGGGCUCCCGCAGGAACAGACUGCAGUAAGUUGAGCCGAUUGACCAACAUUCUCAUUCAGAAAUCAACCUUCAAAGCCCGUUAUGGUUUGGAAUUGGAGUGCCAGAAGGAUUGCCACCUUCCAGAUCAAGGGUGCACAAGCUGUAGCCCUCCAGAUGUUUCUGGACUACAACUCCCAUCAUUCCUGAUCUCUGGCUGGGGCUGAUGGGAGGUGUAGUCCAGAAACAUCUGAUGGUGCGCCCCUGUUCCAAAGGAACCUGCUUCCAUUCAAAACUACUCAAAUUUAGCAGCAGCAGCAAUUUCUUUGGCUCACAUCGGAAGCAUCUCAGAGUUGGAACAGGGAAGGAAAGGAAAGGUGUAGUCAACAGAGAAUACAAGGAUAUUUCAGGCAUCUGAGCGAAGUUUUGCAUGGCAGCACAUUGCAAAUUGUGAGCAAUUUGUUUUCUUUACACCUAACUACCUUGGCUGUGGCCAGGACUUCACGAAGCUAGGCUAAUAUUCUAGAUAAAAAGGCACUGUCUAUGGACAUCUAAUCAAGUUGAAUGUUGGAAGAUUCAGGAUAUAUUAUUAUUAAUUAAAUUCAUCGAAAGAUCACAGGGUGAUCUACAAUAUGAAAAACUCAAAAAUGCAUAAUAAACAAAAACAAUAUCCCCCUUUCAGUUUAAAAGGUUGUUAACAGAGAACAACUUAAGGUCUAUGUACAGAGGUUGCAAUUGGGUUGAACCACAGGUACUAUAGGUUACAUGGAAAGGGGGAGGAUGUUAGGAUAUAGUUCCAUUCCACCUUAAAAGGGUCAGGAAUGACUGUUGUGUAUCACAUGCCUGGGAGAAGAGGAAUGCUUUUGCAACAAAGGACACCCCAGGGAGACAACUGUUGAGUUCAGAUUUUGCUUGCAGGUUCCAACAGACAUCUGUUUGGCCCCUGGGAGAACAGAAUGCGUGACUAGAUGGUCCAUUCGCCUGCUCCUAUUUUGUUAGGAUCUUAUGCUCGCAAGUGCUCUGUGUCUACCCCGAAUGCUGCUUGCUUUCUUCUUCAAUUUUCGUUUGAGCUACGUUACUGGCACAAGUCUGAAAAUGAGUUUAUGAUGCAUGCGUGUGUUACUUGAGCUUAUGAAACCUAGAUUGCGCUCCUAGGUCCUUUGCAUAUCGUACAUACCUUGCACCGACUCUUCUGCACUCAACAGAAAGAUUAACACUACAGUCCUGUACUCAGCUCCAUUACCCGGCUAGGGAUUUGGUUUUUGAAGCUGUUAACAACUGCUUAAAAGCAGCAGCAGUAGUACUUUUCUACUCCAAAGUAAGUCCAUUAAGGUCAUUGUGCUUAGUCCCAAGAAGCUUAUAGCAUUACAGCCUAAUCAGCUUCCCAUGUUUCGGUUCGCGUUGCCAAGUUCACGUGUUAACACUAGUUUUCACGAGGUUUCACAAUUGCCCACCACCUUUUUAGCUGGUCAUGCAAAUGCAUGUUGGGCAUGGCCAUCACAGAGCUGGUGACCUCCAAGUCAUUUAAGAAGAAAUACUUGCUAAUAUAUGUCUGCGUAUUUCAGCCAAGGAAAUGAUGGGGGUUUCUCAGUAGCCUCUGGUUGGCCACUUUGGAAAGCUUAACGUGGGCCAGAGAGGCUUUUGGAUGCAGCAAAGCUCUUGCAUCCUUAAAAAAUGUCUGAUCUCAAACAAAUUGAAUGUUGUAUUUCUAUAGGUGAAAUAGCCAGGUUUUUGAAAAAUGCAUCUGAUUUAGCGUACAAGGAAAAGCCUGAUUAUGAAGCGCUAAGGAAAAUCCUCCUGGAUGGUCUGGAACACAAAGGAGUCUGUUGCAAUGGGGCGCUGAAUUUUACCGCUGCCAAAAGACCUCCAAAUGAAUCUGCUGCUAAACACAAGAAAGUAAGUACAUAGCCAUUGGAUUUGGUCAAGGCUGGAUAAAUCUAACACAUGUCCUGUUAAGGAAUAGUUUCGUUUACAGCUAAAUUUAACGUGGGGGAAAGUGACGCUCGUGGAAGCGGUACGUAUUUUUUUUUUAAGUGCUACUUUUUGGAAGUUAGUUGCCAACAAAGGAAAUAUCACUAUAUUUUUUAAGCAACAGUAACUUAAUGGGUGGAGCCAGAGAUUCACUAUAUAAGGAUGAGUCUCCCCCUCUCUACUCAACGAAGGAGCUGAUGAUGUAAAAUGUUAAAGUACAUGUUUAAGGUUGCACCUAAAGACAUAAUCCCAUGCAAUGGGGCUUCCUCUCCCCACACACCCCUGUUCCCCCCAAUAUGCCCUAGAGUUUUGGGAGGAACCUCAGAACAGUUUUUUUGGGGGGGGGGCUGGGGCAAGGAGAGGAAGUGCCCUUACAGAGGUCCUUCUCCCAACAGGAUGAUUUGCUUGUCGAUAUCCAAGGAAAGAUUGAGGGUUAUGUUCAGAGGUUGGAUGCCAUCCUACCAGAGGGAAACUGCCCUAACUCAAUUUUUGACCCACAGCUCUUUUCUUCCCUCCAAACCAGUGGUUCGCAACCAUUUUUUGGCCAUGCCCCACCUAAGCAUCUCUAAAAUCCUGAUGUCACCCCCUCUUCCCCGGUGACAUAUAAUUCUUAUUAUUCAAAAAGUGAAGUCCUAUUCACGCGGAGGAAGCCUAAAAGGCCAUUCACUAUUAAUAACUCAUUAUCAAAUUGCCCCCCCCCCUUAAAAAUCAAAUUGCCGCCCUGUGGGGGGUAUGUCCCACGUUGGGAACCACAGCUCCAAACAGUAAGAUCUGUGCAAAUUUUUUUGCUUCCUGUGCAGUGGGAUAGUGCCAGAGUUGUUCACAAGGGACAGCUUUGGAUGACAGCUGUCCUUUCAGAAUGGAUCAGAAGCCGAGUUGCCUUUAUUGAUGCAACCAUUGUUCCCCUAAAAUAACUUUGUUCUUUCUUUUUGCUCUGGCCUUCAAGAAGCUGCUUUCCUCGAAUUUUGGCGCAUGCUCGCUUUUUGAGACGCACACACUCUUCCCUUUCUGCCUCCCAGUCCUGUCAAUAUACAGCUAACCAACAAAUAAAUGCAAACCACUUUGUUUUUAAUAAACUUAGACCGGUGUAAUUAGCAGUAUUCACAGGGCCUGAUUAGGAGCGUCGGCCAGGGAUGUUAGUAGCCAUAUGAGCCCGCAGCCUUUGCUGACACAAUAUGGCAGGGUCAAGGCAUCAGUUCAUUUUUAAUAUUCCUCGUGAACUUUGGACUGUCAGAAUGGUACAUGAGCCAAAAAAAUGUGGGAUGCAAACUAAUGCGACUGAUGGGCUGCGAGAUGAAUGGCGAUUCAAAUCCCGGUGCACAGAUGGUUCUGAUUUGCCGAGUUCUGUAGCUGCUGCAACUGAAGACAUAAAAUAGCCGCCUAGUCAUAAAUUAGCUCUUUGGAAGCCAAACCUUGGCACCAGAGCUUUACAACCUUCAAUUAGUAGCGAAAGAAGUAUUUGAAUGACUCCAGUAUUGACAUCUGUAGGUCUGCAUAGUAAUCAUUCCUAAUAGAAGAGAAUCUCUGUUUGAGGGGCUUUUGCAUGGCUAAUUAACUACCAGUGAGAAUAUGUAAUUUUUUCAUGAUCUCCCGAUUGUCACCUUUCUCUCAUGAUACAAUUACAUUUUAUUGUAGCGAAUGCCUUUGCAAACCCAAUUGUCAGCACUAUUUACAUUGUGUAGAAAAGCAGAACAAAAGUUCAUCUUUAAUAAAAAGCUACUGGAUUUUGAUCUUGGUAAUUACCAAGACUCUCCCCCCCCCCCCCCGAGUUUUAUAGACUUUGGUAUUUUUUUUUAUCACUUUUACAACAAAGCAAAAAGCCAUUUCUUUGACAGUAGUUUGCUUGCUGUUGUGGUCACCAUUUAAUCUAUGCUAAUUUGAGCGGUGGCUCUCUGUUUCUGCAAUUUGUAGUUUUCUAAAGUUAAUUGAAAUAUGUAAGUUUCUUUUUUUUUCCUUUUUCACAAAAGGCAUCUGCUCUCUAAACUUCUGAUGUUCGGCCAAUUUGAUUUCCCCUCGCCCAUUCUUGAAUGUGCAGAUUUAAGAACUAGUAACUACUGCCUAUGACAGUCAGAACUACCAACUAGUAACUACUGCCUAUGACAGUCAGAACUACCUGCGUUAAGUUGGGCUGCAUAUAUUUUUGCUGCUAGAUUGAAGGGGAAAGUGACUUGGGUUACCUCUUCUGCUUUAGACAACCAUUUAGAACUUUAUAAAAACAGCAGCAACAGCUGUAAUUCAAAGUGCUCUCAGUAGUCUUAGGAAUUUGCACAGAUGUCCCUGCCCUGGGAUUUUGACUUUCCCCCCGAACUGUGGAUCACUCCCCCUUACCAAGCCAUUUUGCAAACUUUGGGUAUUUCCCUUCAUUUCAAAACUGCUUUGCUAUGUGGUUGCUGUUUGAUUUAUUGAUGCACAACAAAUCUGGACUUAGAACUAUGAUGCUGAUGGUAUUUGGGGGUCCUAGCCAGUGGUUGCGAUCCAGAAGUGUUUUUUCUUCUUCAAACUCUUGACCCUUCUUUCCCAAAUGUCACCUUAACAAUUCCACUGUUGGAGGCGGCACGCUUUUGAAUUCCAGCUGCUGGAAGAUGUUCAGAUCCUGCUUGGAGUUCCCAUAAGCACUUGAGCAGCCAGGAUGCUAGACUACGUGGAAACCACUGGCCCAACCCAGCGGACUCUUCUUAGGUUCUUAAACUUCUGUUCACUUCAAAAGCAACUUGCCGGGCAACAUUGGGAGAUGCUACCCGAGAGAAAAGCUAUGGUUUUCCCAGUAGUGAUGUAUGGAAGUGAGAGCUGGACCAUAAAGAAGGCUGAUCGCCAAAGAAUUGAUGCUUUUGAAUUAUGGUGCUGGAGGAGACUCUUGAGAGUCCCAUGGACUGCAAGAAGAUCAGACCUAUCCAUUCUAGGAAAUCAGCCCUGAGUGCUCACUGGAAGGACAGAUCCUGAAGCUGAGGCUCCAAUACUUUGGCCACCUCCUGAGAAGAGAAGAUGCCCUGGAAAAGACCCUGAUGUUGGGAAAGAUGGAGGGCACAAGGAGAAGGGGAGGACAGAGGACGAGAUGGUUGGACAGUGUUCUUGAAGUUACCAGCAUGAGUUUGACCAAACUGCGGGAGGCAGUGGAAGACAGGAGUGCCUGGCGUGCUCUGGUCCAUGGGGUCACAAAGAGUUGGACACGACUAAACAAUAACAACCCGAGAGAAACAAGCUUAACCCACCAUCUUGCUUCAAUGAACUAGUUCUGUGAUAUGUAUCUUGUGUGUUCCAUUUCCUUAGGAAAAGUCAGUUUGUUGGUCCAGCACAAGCAGAUUUGGCUUGCUGACGUGUAGUCACUGUUUAUCAUAAAGUUGCGGAUUUAGGGCAUUGUGACUGGUUCCCCUGCACAGGGUGCAGAGGCCAAGGGGGAGCCUUCUUGUCUCUGUCCCAAAUCCUAAUAAUCACUGGGCCUCAGGAAGGAGGCAUGAAAGCUCUUACAGGGUCCUAGAGUCUUCCUGCCUCCUUUCCAAAGCCUAGUUAGCAGUUGUCCAGCUUUGGGAAGGAGAUGGGAGGGCUUUAGACCUCUGUCAGAGACCGGUACCUCCCUUAUCUGGCUUUGGAAGGCAGAACAAGGGCUGGGAAGCAUCCAAUUUUGGACUUGUACAAAGGUCCGUCCCUUUCAUAGCACAUGCCAACAGGACACUUUGACCAGUCGUUUUGGGGCUAGGUACUGCAAGUGUGGGACGUGGGUGGUGCUGUGGGUUAAACCACAGAGCCUAGGACUUGCCAAUCAGAAGGUCAGUGGUUCGAAUCCCCGCAAUGGGGUGAGCUCCCGUUGCUCGGUCCCUGCUCCUGCCAACCUAGCAGUUUGAAAGCACGUUAAAGUGCAAGUAGAUAAAUAGGUACCACUGCGGCGGGAAGGUAAACGGCGUUUCUGUGCACUGCUCUGGUUCACCAGAAGCGGCUGAGUCAUGCUGGCCACAUGACCCGGAAGCUGUACGCCGGCUCCCUCAGCCAAUUAAGCGAGAUGAGCGCCGCAACCCCAGAGUCGGCCACGACUGGACCUAAUGGUCAGGGGUCCCUUUACCUUUACCCUUUACUGCAAGUGUAACACAGCCAUUUUGUUUAGACAAGAAGGGCAGGGUGCCAGAAGGUCAACAGUUUCUCAUUUCCGCUGGACAGGCUUUCUGCCUAAUCAGGUGAAUCAUAGAAUUGUAGAGUUGGAAGGGACCUUGAGGAAGGAUCAUCUAGUCCAACCUCUGGCAAUGCAGGAAUAUGCAGCUAUCCCAUCUGGGGAUCGAACCUGCAACCUUGACGUUAUCAGCACCAGGCUCUCACCAACUGAGCUAGCCAGUGACAACCGGCCAGGACCCCUCACACCCGCUCUGUGUCCAGCUCCUGCGCAGGAAAACAAGUAGGGGGUCAUAGAAGAAUGUUUGGAAAAAGGACUAUUCAUCCCAAUUAUGCCAGUUCCAGGGUUCUGGAAAGAUUAAGUUUUUGUACAGGCUGGGUUAUGGAGAGUAUCCCCUGAAACUCUACCAGUCCACUGGACAAAGCAGUUCCUUUUCCCUUUCCCCCUCUUCCAUUUCCUCCAAAAGCGCAGAAAUCUAUUACGUUUUGUAUUUAGCUUAAAACUUACCUUGGAUAUUGAUGUCAAACAAGAUGUUGCUGAACUUUGAUUGCAAGAAAAGAGAGAUCUGCAAUAGUAUUUGCUAUUUGCAAGUGCAUAACCCCAUUUAAAGUCCAUGAGCGAGGAGUGUCAAUUAUCACAGCUUCUGUUCCUCAGACACAGGCAGAAGUAUUUUUAAUGGCCAAUAACAAGGUCAGGGAGAGAACUGUGCUGUUUGCAGAUGACUUGAACCUCGUCCCCAUCAUCCUCUGAGUUUUUCGUGGAGAUUUCAAAUAUCCUCUUUCAUUAGCAUGAAAUGCAUACCUUGCAUCAUCUCAGAUUUGAGAGCUGUUUCUGACUCGAGGGUAUUCUAAAAUAUAGCGUGUUGUGAACCGUCGGCAAAUAGGGAAUAAAGGCAGGAAAGUCCAUUUUCUGUGAAAAGCUUCAACUGCUUUUGAGUUUGAAAAGCAUUGUACUUCACCCCCAAUUCAGUUAACGAUUGUGUAGGUGAAAAUGGAGUAGCCAUACAGAAUACAAUGAAGGCGAUAAUCAGUUUGGAUUCUGGGGGAGAAGGAGAGUGAAUAAUCUUGCAUAUAUUGCCACGUGAUCAGAUUAAAAAUGGCUCCAAAUUAGCCGGUACUGGAAGCAUUUACCCGUUAAUUGUUCAAAACUCCAACCUACAAAGCCAGAAAUCCCAACACAUCUCUGAAUGAAUGGGAGACCACAUACCUGAUCUCAAGUACAGUGGUACCUCUGGUUACGAACUUAAUUCGUUCCGGAGGUCUGUUCUUAACCUGAAACUGUUCUUAACCAAGGUACCACUUUAGCUAAUGGGGCCUCCUGCUGCAGUGCAAAUUCUUUUUCUCAUCCUGGGGCAAAGUUCUUAACCCAUACUGCUUCCAGGUUAGCGGAGUCUGUAACCCAAAGUGUUUGUAACCCGAGGCACCACUGUAGAGAUAUAAUACAUUAGGAGAAGUGGGUGGCACUGAGGUCUAAACCACUGAGCCUCUUGGGCUUGCCGAUCAGAAGGUUGGCAGUUCGAAUCUGUGCAAUGGGGUGAGCUCCUAUUGCUCUGUCCCAGCUCCUGCCAACCCUAGCAAUUCAAAAGCACACCAGUGCAAGUAGAUAAAUAGGUACAGCUGCGGAGGAACGGUAAACGGCAUUUCCAUGCUCUCUGGCACUCGUCACGGUCCUCCGUGUGCCAGUAGUGUAGUCCUGCUGGCCACAUGACCCAGAAAACUCUAUGGACAAACGACGGAUCCCUCGGCCUGAAAGUGAGAUGAGUGCUGCAACCCCAUAGUUGCCUUUGACUGGACUUAACCAUCCAGUCUUUACCUUUAUAAUACCUUCUUGUUGCCAUUGACGCCUGUGCAUUAGGAAGAAGUGGUGCAAGGACUGCUCUGUAUUCCCAGUGUGGAGCAGGCAAAGACUGAAGGAUGUGAUUGUAGUGGGAAAAGGCACCUAGUCACUUGGGCUAUUUAGAUAUUGAAAUGUCUGUUGUGAAGCAGGCUAUUCGUCGUGAUGCCAGAAGUUGUACUGAUGGAUGCAGGCACAGGUGUUUUUAAAGGUGGAAUGCAUGCGGAAGAGAGCAACCAGGAUGAUCAAGGGUCUGGAAACCACGCUUUAUGAGGAACAGUUUAAGGAGCUGGGUGUGUUUAGCCUGGGAAAAGAGCACACUGAGAGGAGAUAUGAUAGCCAUCUUCAAAUAUCUCAAGGGCUGCCACACGGAAGAGGGAACAAGCUUGUUUUCUUCUGCUGCAGAGGGUAGGACUCAAACCAGUGGCUUCAAUUUACAAGAAAAAUUCUGACUAAACAUCAGGAAGAACUUUCUGACAGUAAGAGCUGUUUGACAGUGGAACAGACUCCCUCGGGACUUGUGGACUCACCUUCUUUGGAAGUUUUUUGGCUGGAUGGGCAUCUUUCAUGGAUGCUUUAGUUGAAAUUACUGCCUUGCAGGGGUUGGACUAGAUGACCCUCAGGGUCCCUUCCAACUCUACAACUCCAUAAAAAGGGGAUUGGACAAUUUAACUUAGGGAAGGCCUUUCAAUGGUUAUUAGUCACUGUGGCUAUAGACAGGUUCAGAUGCAACUCCCCCCCCUUUAUUAUCUACCCUUCACCCUAAGCUCCAAGGUAUAAUACAAGAAUUUAAAACAAAUUACAGCAGCCUCUCUCAACCUGUGGGUCCCCAGAUGUUGUUGGACUACAACUCCCAUCACCCCUGGCUAGCAAGGCCAGAGCUCAGGGAUGAUGGGAGUUGUCGUCCAACAUCUGGGGACCCACAGGUUGAGAACCGUUGAAUUAGUCACCAUCAUAGGAUGGGUCAGUUCACCUUAUAAGACAGGUACAGGGAGGCUGUGCCUCUCCUUAUGUUGUUGGAAUACAACUCCCAGCAUCCCAGAUUAUUGACCAUGGUUGGUGAGGUUGAUGGCAGUUAGGAGUUCAGCAUCAUAUGCAGGGCGACAGAUUCCCUAGCUCUGCAGUAAGAAGUACGUUGCCUUAACCUGAAUAUAUAAGAACAAAUAUAUAUCAACUAAUACAGAUUCUAUCUUAAUUUAUUUUUUUGGGGGGGGAGGUACUACUUUUGUUGCUACUGGGAUUUGGAAGCCUUUGCCUAUUUAUUACAGAUCACCCAGCCAUCGACCAGUAGAUCCCAGUCUGCCUUUUGCCCUCUCCUCCUGUAAGGGAAUGGACAUGGGAAAUCCACACUUCAAUUGUUGCUUGAAGAGUGCAGCUCACUCAACGUAUUGCUCAGUUCACCCUACUACAUGUCGUUGCUGCAAGUUAAAAAUAAAAUAAUCCCAGGGAGGGCAACCUAGAAAUUUGACAAAUGAUAUUCUUAGCAGUGAAACAACAUUUUUAAUGUAAAUGCAGCUUCUCAAGUGGGCAGGGGGGCGCUGCAUGACCUUUCAGGGUGCCCCGAGAGCAAGUAUAUCAGUAUUAUGGGGAAGAUGAGAAAUUUGUCGCCCCAUUUAGGGCGGGUCGGAUCACCUCACUAAUGGAAUAAGUAGUGAUUAUUUUCUCAUUCCAGGCACUGACAUUAAUUAGAAUCACCACAAUAAAAACAACUUACUUAGAUAUAGUUAAUGCAAGCUUAAUUGACAGAGACUUAUUGGUUUUGCAUCCAGUAAAGGUUAAUAACAUUCAUCUAAGAGUUCUUUAAGAAUCCUUGGAACAAAUUUUUGCAAUAAAUAACGUUGCCCCUUAGGAUAGCACAAGUGCAAGCACUCUGCUCAAGAGCUCAACGAAAUGACUGCCCUGUGCAGUUCCAACUCGCGGUAAAUGUUGGCCGUUCCUUGUGUUGGCGGAUUAGUGGUGCUUUUGCUAGAAGUUGCGCAGAAGCCAUUCAUUUCACACACAAGCCGCAGUAUAUGGAACAGAUUCUGUAAAGCAGGAGUAGCAGCUGCACGAGUCACUCAACUUGUACAUUUAACAGGUUGAUUUGCCAAAGCCAGUGCCAAGGCAAGUUAAAGACGAGAAGGGAAAGGAGUUCGAAAGCAAGGACCUCUCCUACCGUAGAAGAGCCGCUGUGGGAAUGCAAAGCAGCCAAGGACAAGACGAGCAGAUGCUGGCUGGGCUGAGCAAGCAGCUUCAGAAUGAAGCGGUGAGUUCUUAAAAUAAAUAAAAUUGCUGCAUUAAAUUGUACCUGGCUUGUGGAAAACUCCUGCUUUUCUAGCUGUACAUUCCCCCACUCCCUGCACACCUUGGAAAAUAUUAAGCGCAGGUGAGAAAUGGCCAAACAAAGGUUACUUUUCCUGCAAUGUACGUUGCCCAUAAGCCGUGGAUAGGUGGGGGACAGGAUUUUGAUGGAUGCUGUGAUGCUACCCCACUUUGAAAUGGUACAGGCCCUUGAGAACUUAACACGUUCCCCUUUUCACAAUCAUUUAAACCAAUAUGACCAGUUAGUAUAGUAUAGCUUCUCAUGUUCUAAGUGCUAGGUCUUCUGAAAUUUAGAAAGGUUAAUGAUUGUUUUCUCCUCUGCUAACUGGGGCUGACUUGCUGUUGCCCAUUAAAACCCAUACCAAUGCAAGUAUUCUACACAUACCUGGGUAAACUCUAAAAGCAUUUACUAUGUGCCCUGGCCCACACAUACACUGCUAUGCACAGGGGAGAGAGAGGAAGGCUGAAAAGCAGCUACCACACAUGAAGGCUUUGUAAGCCCAGGGGUGGCGGCACUGCUUCUGUGGGCAGCCCCCGCCCCUGAGCCCUUUUGCUCUCCACUAAAAGCGGAACAGAAUUAAGAUGACCCUCAGGGACCCUUGCAACUCUACAAUUCUGUUACUUCAAAGGCGUUCGUCCCGAACUUGCAUAUACACCUGUGUCACCUUAAUAGAUCUUCCUAUGAACUAUGUUCUCCCCGAGGCAAGAAAUGUGUUACUUUAAAGCCAGCUGCUGGUUGCAUUCCCCCCACCCCCCAAACUUCACCCUUACUCUAAAGGCUUUUACUACUGGCUAGUUCUGUUUGUUCUUCCUAGCCCGCUGAGACUGGAGGAAAGCCAGCUGGAGCCACAACCGAUGUUUACAGGAGGAAGUUAGUCAAGGUGAGUUCAGCAGGCAGCUUGAAGCAUCUGUGAUGCUCAUAGGCUACUGAGCCAGGUUCACGGUUCUAUUAAUAUGUGAAGCCCUGAGCAACUUGGGCCCAAGAUACCUCAAGGACCACCAGAGCCCUUCUUUCCCAGCUCAAUCACUGAAUUAUCCAGAGGAGUGCUGUUAAUUGUCCUGCAAGCUUCCUAACCCUGACUCGUUUCAACUAUAAGUUGGUAUGUAACACUGAAAAAGCUGGAGGAAACGUAAAACCAUAGGGACUUAUAUGCUGAUAUAGUGGGAGUGCUGAAUGUAGAAUUGCCUGAAUAGGUGUAACACCCCCCACUUGCCUUGUAAAAAUUAUGAUGACAUUCUGGAAGUUCUGUAUUUUGGCUAUCAUUUCUGUUGUUGGCUGAAAGAGAAGUCAUAGCCCAAAACUGGACUGUCAAUCCCUUCCUGUAAGGUGUCUCGAUGCUCAGCAUACGGCUUUAUUACAGAAGCUGGCUAAACAAAUUCAGUCUUCAAGAGAUACAAACAAGGAGGAUUACUUUGUAGGACAUUGGUAUGGCUUUUUGCAAUGGGCUUUCUGUGAAAAGAAUAACUGAGAUAAUGGACAUAGAAAAGCUGUUAUAAAUGUAUCUGGUGAAUUAUUACACUUAGUCAAUUAUCUUUGCACCAUGAGUUUAUUAUUAUUAUUAUUAUUAUUAUUGUAUAAAAAAGUCACUUAUAUAUAUUUAUGAAAAUACCAGAGCUUAAAUAUUUGUUCUCAUGCAGAUCUCUGUUGAAGAUAUGGAUAGAUUUGUUUUCUUCUUCCUUCUCAGAAAAGUAGAGAGCCACAACCUAUCUGCAACACCUUCUGGCAAAUUGAGGAAAAAUUCAUAGGAAAUGGAGUUACAUAUUCUGAAGCCUUUCAACCACAACGCUUUCAGACUUCGACUAGCUCUUCUAUAUGCAGCACUUUGGAGUCUGGACUUCAUGAAGCGUCUGGACUUCGUAAAGAAUUGUACCAAUACAUGAUGACCAUCAUUGUCCUCUUCUUCUUAAUACUGCUUUCUGUGUAUUUUCUUUGAUAUCAUGUCUAAUGUGUUAGCAUUCUUAAGACUGUACAUUUACAUAGUUACAGGCUUCUGAAAUUCCACUUCAGACUUUCUUCAUAGACAUUUUCAGUGUUAUUGGCUGGAAUGGUUUUUCAAAGCAAGGUGAGUUGUUACAAAAUUAAAAAUCAAUAAAGUACUUGAAUUUUGCUUACAGUACUUUCCAAGGUAUUUAUUACAAAGAAUAAUUCCCCCCCGCUAAGUAUCAAGAGACACCGGUAUCUGAGAGAUUUAAGUAUGUGCACGACAGUAACUUUGCAGCAAAGUCUCCUAAAAGAAGACAAGCCAAUUUCAGUUGUAUUUUGAAACCCUAACUUAAGCUCAUACAGAAACAGUUCCAAUUAUCCAGCAACUACGUUGCUUUCCUUACCUUGUUACAAUAUGGACAUUCACCAAAUAUGACAUUAAAACUUUGCCGACUGGAAGGAAGUCCACGCAGCCACUACAGAGAAAUGCAUGUUAUUAGGUAAGUCCCAGGAAAAGACUCCAAAGAAUAGGCCUCAAAUACAGCAAGCUCUCUUACUAUUCAAGGCCUUAAAUCAUGUUGCCCAGUCUCACUCUCCAGGUGGCUGCUCAAAGCAUGAGUUUUUGACUAGCAGGACAGAGAAAGCAAAGCCUGGUGUAACUGGUUGUCCUCAUUUUUAGGAAACAAACCUGCCCCCAUCGUCUGAGUAGAAGAGCUCCAGAAAUAUCUAAUCCUACCCCCAAUCUAUUUGCCAGCUGCCAAGCUGAGCAUAUUUGGCCACACUUGGUCCUGGUGAGAACAAAAGUGGCUGCUUCUCCACCAGGUAUUGUCCCUAAAGGUAAAGGGACCCCUGACCAUUACAUCCAGUCGUGGCCGACACUGGGGUUGCAGCCGAGGGAGCCGGCGUACAGCUUCCAGGUCAUGUGGCUAGCAUGACUAAGCCGCUUCUGGCGAACCAGAGUAGCGCAUGGAAACACCGUUUACCUUCCUGCCGGAGCGGUACCUAUUUAUCUACUUGCACUUUGACGUGUUUUCGAACUGCUAGGUUGGCAGGAGCAGGGACCAAGCAACGGGAGCUCUCCCUGUCGCGGGGAUUCGAACCACCGACCUUCUGGUCGGCAAGUCCUAGGCUCUGUGGUUUAACCCACAGCACUACCCUACCAGUAAAUUAAUCAACAGGGAUCUUUUAAGGAUCCUCAACCUACAUUUUGGCACACACUACUCAAGACCAAGUAUAUGGUCCAGGCUAUUCAGUUUUGUCACAAAACUUUACAAUUUCAAUUUAACCCCAACUGGAACUGUGUGAUCUUUUGCAUUUUCCUUUGCAGCACAACAUUCCUGUGCUGUGAGUCUAAACCAAAAUUUUGAAAUUUCACACAUCUGUGGUGAAACAUGCUUAUAUGCUGACUGGCAUAUAAUGCGUGAUCAAACACAACAUGUAAGAUUGGUUUGUAUCAGGAGUACAAACAGCUUCAAUGUGCUAUCUACAAGCAUUCUUCAGAACAUUUAUUUUGCGGAUGUGGGCACUGGAGGCUGCAGGAAAAAAUGCCUCCUGUCCAAGAACAGUACAAAAGAGCACCCGUAUGAUUGCACCCACCCAUCAAUUUUCCAUUCCAUAAUCCUAGAACGCUACCGUAAAUUGCUCUACCUCAUAUAAGCAAGCUUGAUGGAAAGGCUGGCCACAGCGGGGGUCGUCACAGACUUGGUCUGGAAUAGUCCCAUCAAGACGGUAAGCGUAGCAGAUCCCGCAAUCCAUAGAGAAGUCCUAAAAAAACAUGGAACGCAGCUCAAGCACAUAGAAUAAAGCAUGUCAACUUGUUUCACCCAUUUUAAACAAUUACAUUUGUGGUUGGCUUAUUGUUUAUAAGAAAAUGUACAAGAGUCCAUUUAUGGUAAUUUAUUAAGGACUAAACUUUAAAAUUGUUAUCAACUGAAGGCAUCCCCCAACUGAUUAGAAAAUGCUUUUUUUACCCUUUAUUUUUAAUACAUUUAUCCGUAGGUAGCGGGUAUUAUCCCGUUACUCGCACACAGAGGGAAAUGUGAAAUGGUCAUUUGUUAGAACAGGGGUGGCCAGUGUGUUGCACCUUCCAACUAUGAGCCGGCAUGGCCUGUGCUCAGGCAUGAUGGGAGCUGUAGUCUGCCUAUUUUAAGAAUGUGUUUUGAGCUUUAAUCAUGUCCUUAUUAAGAAUAAAACUCGAUGAAUCAUGCAACGAC